AGCAUUUGCUAGAAAAGAUUUGUUCAUGAAAAAUACUGUUGUUUUUCAAUGUUAUAAUUUCAUGCUUUCUUCAUAAAUUAUUUUUGUAGGUGUUGAUGGACAUGUUCCAUCAAGAUGAAGAAGACAUAAGUGUCCUGUCUUUAGCUGAGGAGGAGCCCUCUACUUUGGGGGAGCAAAUGUACUAUGACCUCGUGAAGUCAUUUAUGGCAGAGGUUAGACAGUACAUAAGGGAACUGAAUCUCAUCAUUAAAGUGUUCCGGGAGCCUUUUUCCUCCAAUACAAAAUUAUUUUCAACUCAUGUAAGUAUAAUCGUACUAUUAAGAGGAUUCUUUUCAUAUUCCUUAAAUUGUACCGACUGACUUUUAAAUUAUCCAUUCUUCAAAUGAAAAAAUUACAAAUAUAUGCUUCUGUAUUUCAAAUUCAUUACUUAUAGUAAAACUUGUAGCAUGUAUGGUCUAAGGAAGACAAUUUUGUUAGUUAAUAUGGGAUAUAUGAAAGGUCCUUAAAGACAAUCUAUAAGCAUUACAACAACUUUAGCUUAAUUAGGUUUAUAGAUCAUGCCUUGCAUCCUUCUCAUCCUCUGUGACUCACUGAGCCUUCCUACACACUUUCUAAAAAAUAAAGUUAAAUAAUUUUUGUUUCCUUUAUUGCAUAGUGUUUUAUUUAGCCUUGUGUGUGAUUAAAGUUCAAAGGACAAAGCAUGAGAUAAGAACUAAAAAAAGUAAACGCAUUGUAAUAUCUGAUUAAAAUUGGGAAGAAGACGACUAGGGCUGCAUAAACAAAGUUAGUAGAUAUACCCCAAAUGGAAACUUGCUUGCAUUUAAUUCUAAAUUGCUUUCAUUAGGGAUUUAUUUAAAAACAGCUUGCACAAUCUGCAGAUCUCUUGUUUGCUGCCUUUGCAAGCCCUACUUUUGUAACCCAGCCCAGACUAUGACUGUCCAAUCAAAGUCUUCCCAAUGCAGCUCAAUGCGAAGUCUUUGCGAGGCAGGUGCUCUGGGCAAUUGGGUUUAGUGCAAAUAAGCCAACCAGACCAGUUGUCUGCUUGAAAAGUCAGGUGAGUGUGUAACCAGGUUAAUUUAUAAAUGUGUAAAUUUCUAUUGAAAUUUGCACUUUUUCCAAAAUGGAAAAGAACAGGAUACACUCUUCACACAUAAAACAUGCUUAUGGGGCCUGAAGUGUCCCUUUAAGCUGAAUUUGUGUUAGUGUGUGGAGUGUCCCUUUAUGAAGACUUGGUUUGCAUGGAUCUGUAGAAUCAUUAGGUCGUUGCAUUCAGCUCUGUAAUUCACAUGACUAUGUAACCGUUCAUACUCCAAUUUACCGCUAUAACGUCUUAUAACUUAGAAUUUAGCAGGGUUAACCAUACUUAGCUAAAAUAUUGUAUAGUCGGUAUAGAGUUUCUCUAUUUAAAAUACAUAAAUAAUUGAGAAAACAAUAAAAAUAGGAGUUGGAAGCAAUAACUUUUGUCUUAUUAAUAUAGUUUAUUGAAUAUAAAUGAAUACAGAUAGUAAUCCAUUAAUAUAUCAUAAAGCAGAGUAUAUAAGAUUAAAUGAAUAAAUGCUUGCAAUAUAAUUAGUAUAACAUACCCUCCUGAUUAUACAGGUAAUCUCUCAGUAUGUCACCUCCAGAGUCGGUCAGUAAGUCUCUACCUAGCAUUGAUCAUGCAUGUAUAUAUAGUAUAGCAUUUCUAAUUACUACUGGUAAUGUAUGGGUUAAUUCAUUUUAGGAUUAAAAGCAGUUCAUAUAUAAAAAUAAACUAAAAACACCCUUAUCAGUCUAAUGUCAUAACCCAGACAUCUUUAAUCUGUAUUUGGACUAGAAGUUAGGUUGACAUACACCUUAGGGUUAAGAGAAGGUCAUAUAUAAAAAAUAAGUCUGUCAUAAGCUAGACAUCUUUAAUCUUUAUUUGGACUAGACGUUAGGAUGACAUAGACAAAGCCUUGAAUUGUUAUUGCAUUAAAUUAAGACAAGAUGGAGUAAACAUGUUGUGUACUGUAAAUAGGUAAAAGGUUAUUAGUUAAAGAAACAGUUGCAGUUUAAAGAAAUACAAUGUAGCAAUGUGUAUUAUACCUACAAUUGCCCAUCACAACUGAAUAUUCUUAAUUUAUAAACCCGGCUCUAUCUAGGAUGUAGAAAAUAUAUUUAGUCGAAUCAUUGAUAUCCAUGAACUUAGUGUGAAGCUUCUCGGCCUUAUUGAAGACACAGUGGAAAUGACAGAUGAAGGCAGUCCUCACCCGUUGGUAGGAAGCUGCUUUGAGGAUUUAGCAGAGGUAGGUUUGAACAUCCUGUUUUUGAAUGAAACAAUGCUGACCUUUGUGUUUUUUGAAUUGUAAAGGGAAUUUACUUUAUAGCAGUAUAUCAAACAACUAGAGAACUUUUUUUUUUUUUUUUUUUGCAUAAAUUUUAAUCCCAGUUCUUGCAAGGAUAUAUAAUAGCAUUUACAAAAGUAUACUCUUUCUAAAAUUCCUCCAAACCUGUGCUGUAAGCACAAAUAAAACAAAAUAAAAGUAUGAAGACUUAAAGUGAGUAGAUCUUGUGGUCUGAAAUAUCUUUUCUCAGAAAUGAUCUUCUUGUUUUGAUCAAUUUUAAUUCUAUAUCAGAAAAUCUUAACAAGGCCUCAGCUAACCACUAGGUGGAGGCAAUUGCAAACACAAUCUUUAUGCAGUAUUCUUUAUUGUGACUAUAAACUGAAACAGCCAAAAAUAAAUACACUUAUUAAAAACGUAUUUGUGAAAUAAUGAAAAAAGAAUCUAAGUUUCUUGUGUUUGAAAAACAGCUGUUGACUUACACAUUUAAUGCCAGUUUAAAUUUUGAGGUGUUUUCAUAACCUGGCAUGUAGUCACAUAUUAAAAUUACAGCAGCUCAUAAUUUUAUCUGUAUAUAAAGUGCAAGGACCCAGCAGACCACUUCAUAAAAUGUGGUGUCGGGGGCACUGCGUGCAAAAACAUAAUCUACAAGGAUGAACUCAUGGUCUUUUGAACAGCAAAGGCAUUUAUAUUCAAGACAGUUAGCAGCACAUCAGCAUUUCAGUUUACAGAGUGGGGUUUACAACAGGAAAGUCUCACUCUCUGGAUUGAAAAGUUGACAUGCUGCAACAUGAUGUUAACUGUCUUGAAGUCAUAAAAGACAGAGGUCCUUUUUCUAAAAAAAAAAACAAUUAGUACAAUCCUUCUUGUUUAAUCUUUAUCAUCAGUAAUAUAUGAAAAAAAAUAAGAGUACAUUUAAAACUCUGUUAAUGACUAUUUGUUAAUUGCUGCUUCUGCAUUGAGCUCUCACAAAGCUUUAAAAGAAUUAAGCCAAUUGUAAUGCUCAGGUUUCUAUAGCACCUAUACACCCGAGCAGACCUGCUUUCUAAGUAAAAUGGGAAUAUACUCUCAGGGAUUACAUAUCACGUCAUGGGCAAUGCUAAAAUAGCUACUGCUGUAAAAGAACAAACAGAUCUUCAUUAUACACUCUCAAAAAUGAUUUUGUAAAAAUAUGCACUAUUUACCUCAUACAAUUAUCUUGGCAAACAUAUUCCUCAAAACAUCAUGCAGUAUGCACAUUUAUUUAAAGGUUCGCUAUAGGGUCAGGAACACAAACAUGUAUUCCUGACCCUAUAGUGUUAAACCCAGCCAUUUAGGUGGCUUGCUCCGCCUACUCAAAAUGGGUUAAAACUCACCUUAUUUUCAGCUCUCCACAGGUCUGCCGACACUGGCCCCACCCCCUUGGUGACAUCGUCAAAUUGCUGCUUUUUAUUGGUUAAAAUCAACAAGGGGGUGGGGCCAAACACUUUUUUGGCCAAUCAACACCUCCUCAUAGAGAUGCAUUGAAUCAGUGCAUUUCUAUGAGGAAAAUUCAGCAUCUCCAUGCAGAGCGUGGGGAUGCUGAACGGCAGGGCUGCUUACUGUGCAGCCCUGAGCCAGGAGGCCCCUCCAGUGGCCCUAGGGGCAAUGUAAGCACUCUCUUUUCUCUGAAAAGGCAGUGUUUACAUUAAAAUACCUGAAGGGAGCGAUUAUACUCACCAGAACAACUACAUUAAGCUGUAGUUGUUCUGGUGACUAUAGAGUCUCUUUAAAUGCCUACAAUAUUUUCAUAAAACACAGUUUGUUUGGUUUGUGUGACCCUUGCUGUGCUGGUCAGCUCACCACACCAAAUUUACAAAAAUUAGUGAAACAAAGCUAAAACAUGCCUCCAUCCAGCUCCAAGGCCAAUUUCUACCUUUAGCCUAAUUCUUCAAUGCUGAUGCCAUUCCCUCUCAUUGUCAGGGAGGGUAGGCUGAGGGCAGAAGUGGUGUGCCUUGAAGGGGGAGUGAGCAUGUUGCCAUUAGACACCCAUAACCAUCAUGCUGUGCAAGCUGACAUUAGACCUUCAAAUAUGCUCAGAAUUAAGCCACCUGGCAGCAGAGGGGAUAAACUUAGAAUGAGCAGAGUUUCAUAGUGAAACGCUACACAUACAGACUCCAGGCACCAUUUUAAUGGAUUUAAUUGAUUUUUAAUAUUUCCGUUUGUCAUGUUUUGUUCAUUGUGUUUAAAGACAUAGAAAAUAAAUGUUUCUUUAAAACUCAUGUAUUUUCAGGAGCUUGCCUUUGACCCUUAUGAGUCUUACGCUCAGGAUAUCUUGCGGCCAGGAUUUCAUGAUCAUUUCCUUGGUCAGCUUUCGAAGCCUGGUGCUGCUUUCUAUCUUCAGGUAUAAUAAAUGUUGAGAGUGUUGCAUAACGUGGUUAAAACCGAGCCAGUUGUUCUGGGUAAUUUUUGGGUAUUUGUUCAUCUUUUUAAUGAGAUAUUUCCUUAAAUGAUUGUGAGCAAUAGUGUUAGUGCAAUGUUUUUUAAACCUGUCCUUAGGAGCCAUUUAACAGGCAGGUGUUUAUUGAUAUCACUCCUACAACAUGGUCAGUGGUUCCUGUUUUUUCUUGCACACCUGUACACUAAGAAUGUCUUGAAAUCGUAUCCUUUUACUCAAUCCUUAGGACUAGUUUAAAGAACACUGGGUCAGAGGGCAGCAAAUAAAUGAUUUCAUACAUUUGAGUUCCCAUGUUUAACUUACAAUGCAGUGUAGUUCAGAGUGCUAUACCGUUUUGCUUGUACUUUCAUAUGGUAUGUGGUGUAUUUGAAAGAACUUUUCAAACUUGUUGCUAAUGUUUUUUAUUUGUUUUGUUUUUUAUUUCAGUCCAUAUGUGAAGGUUUUAAAGAAGCUGUGCAGUAUGUUCUGCCUCGACUCCUCCUUGCUCCUGUUUACUAUUGCCUGCACUACUUUGAAUUCAUAAAGGUAAGGUCUAUUGUUUCGCCAUUGGCUAAGUUAAGUUAGUACAAUGAUCGUAGUUUGUAUCAAAAUUUGUGCAGGAUUUCUAUUUUGUAUCAGACGUAGGAUACUUAAAAGAUAAAUGUUUUAAUAUUAGUGUUAUUUGCAUCUUCAGGCUCCAAAUGAUUCAUACUAAUUAUAAUUUUUGUUUUGUAUUUUUGACUUUGUGUAUUAUUGAUUUGUAACAUAAUUUAUGUGCUUACUUUUUUUUAAAUCAUAUUUAUUCUAAAGUAUUGUCUUAUAUGUUUGAAGGUACUGAAAAUUUUUUUUUUACAAUUUUCCCUUUUACCUGGUCCCUUCAGGCACCGAGGAUUUAAUGAUGGCAGCUGUACCGCUUCUGGUUUCUGCAGUGCUGCCAAUCCUGCUGCUCAUUCGUUGGCUGAGAGCAUCAGCUCAUCAUUCUCAGCCAAUGAAUAAGCAUCUGUGCAUAGAAUAAUGAACAGAAUUGAUAUUGGCUAAUCAUGCUUGUCACGAACGUGGGCUAUUGUCCCAGCCGACACAGUGGGUAGAGUGUGGAAGUGAAAGGGUUAAUGACACCUGGCCCCUGGUUACCUGUCCCCUAGUCCCAGCAAACACUAAAUUAACCCCUGCAUUCCCUUCUACAAUAACAUCCUAGUACACACUUUACUGCCACCACCAAGACUUUAUAUCUGGGUGUCUUAGGUUACCCAAUACACAGCAGAAUUAUAAUAUCACAACCUUACUUUACUGAUCAGACAUAUAUAAUUAACUCUUUUUGGUAACAUGUUUACCUGAGCUUUCCUCAGAAGAGUGAGCUCAUAGAGAACAAAGACACAAGCUGAUUAAGUAAACAUUUAUUCUGACAAAAAGGAUUCACAGUGCUGUGUACAAAAAUACAGAAAUAAAUGACAUACAGAAACACAGAUAACACAUUGCAAAGCAUAAAAUCAUAAAAUAAAAUAGGAGAAAAAACCCUACAUAUAUUUACCGCUUAUAUAUAAUUCUUGUUGGAGUUUCAGAUGCUACAGGUCUCAAAGUAGUUGUUGAAAAAAGAAAAUCUCCCUCUGGAUGGUCUAACAUCCUCAAUAUAUACCUUAAAACUAGUUGUUUUUUGGUGGGCAGACCCCUGGGAGGAUCGCAUUUUUCCACUCCAUAUUUUCUUAAACUAUGUUGUUCUUUAAAGACCCCAAAGUCAGAGCAUAUGUACCAAUACCUUUUACAAUGCCCUAUGUCCAGCUCUGGUGAUGGUUAUCUAGUAGUUUUAUGGCUUAGGCCUGGUGUAAGAUCAAAGCCUACAGUAAAUGUUAUUCCGACAUGUGCAAAAACAACUCAUAACAUAUAUCAAAUACCAACUCAUUCUUUGGCAUGACAAUGCUUUUGGGAAUGGAGGUACACCUGCAGCAGCAAAGGAGUUAAAGGGACUCUCCAGUGCCAGGAAGACAAAUCGUUUUCCUGGCACUGCAGGUCCUCUCUCCCUCCCACCUCCCAUCCCUGGUUGCUGAAGGUGUCAAAACCCCAUCAGUGACUUACCUGAGGCAGCGCCGAUUUCCCUCGGCACUGCUUCUGGGUCCGCCCACGCUCCUCCUUGCCACCACGCCCGCCGGCGGGUCGACCGCAUUAGACCUCUCCAUAGAAAGGACAGCCACUAGAGGAGGAAUUAACCCUGCAAUGUAAUUAUUGCAGUUUAUGAAAACUGCAAUAAUUACAAUUGCAGGGUUAAAGGGACACUCCAGGCACCCAGACCACUUCUGCCCAUUGGAGUGAUUUGGGUGCCAACUCCCACUACUCUUAACCCUGCAAGUGUAAUUGAGUUUUUUUUUUUUUUUUUUUAAUAAACUGCAAAAAUUACAUUGCUGGGUUAACUCCACCUCUAUUGGCUGUCUAAUAGAAACCUGUGCUAGAGUGUUGCUGGACAUCCUCACGCUGUGUGAGAACCUCCAGCUUCGCUCAUUUCCCCGUAGGAAAGCAUUGAAAUGCAUUUCCAAUGCUUUCCUAUUGGGAGCGCUAAUGCGCAUGCGCGGCAUUGCCGUGGACUGCACAUUAGGUCUCCCCAACCGGUGGGUGGGAUCAGUCUCGCCCACCAGCCGACGCAAUCAGAGGGAGGAGCAGCGCGGAGGAAGAAGCAGCGACGUGGGACAUAGUCGCUUCCUCAGGUAAGUUACUAAAGGGGUUUUCACCCCUUCAGCAACCGGGGAUUGGGGGGUGGGAGGGAGAGGGGACCUGCAGUGCCAGGAAAACGGAUUGUUUCUCUUUAAGUGGGAGUUGGCACCAACACCACUCCAAUGGGCAGAAGUGGUCUGGGUGCCUGGAGUGUCCCUUUAAUUUCGAUAUGUGUAACAUUUCAAGAAACACUGAAGAGGUCUUGGUGCUUGGAGUCACAUUUAGUGGCAUACAACGCAAUAUACUUUAGUAUGUGGUAUUUCAUAUGGUAUAUCUUCGACUGCCAAGGCUUUAUGUAAAUUAGCCACUGUAAAUUUCCUUUUCCGUGUAGACAUUGGGAAAAUAGAGUUUUACCACAGUGACCACUCACUUAUUUUUUUGAAGGUGGGAGGGUUUGGUAUUUUAGUUGAAGUUUAUGAUAAGAAUAGACUAGACUUGCGUGUUCUGUGCACAUUGAGUGUUCUGUUGAACAGCAAAAAAAAGCUGCUUCACAGGGUUACAUACAGCAGGUAACUUGACAUUAUCAAUGUCAUUAUAAUGUCAAAAUGUUCACUGAAACUGCAAAUCGUUUUAUAUACUUAUUCUUUUGUCAUCGACAUUUAAUCAGUGUAAAAAAAAAAAAAAGGUAAAUUGCAGAAUGUGCAUCAAUGUGAAUAAAUAAUGUGGAGAAGUAGGUAGAAUCCAUUAAUUGCAAAUAUGGUGUCAUAGUGACAGAGUAUAAUAAAUCAAAAGUUGUUGAAUCUUUUAAGUCACAUCAAAGGCAGAAAGAACGUGUUAGCUACCAAGAUUAAAUCACAGAAAAGUAUAACAAAGACUUGACUUCUGCUACAUGUCUUGAGUAGGUGUUUAAUAUUUCUCUCAGAGAAUGUUGAUUGCUCAUGACACACAAGAAAUGUGCUUUUUAUUUAAAAAUUUUAGGUUUGUGGACAAUUAAAAUUAAGCCCCUAGCACCCCAUUAUAAUUGCAAUCACAUUAUUAGAAGCAUCCAUAACACCACUAUUGUUAAUGGGGCAAACUGUUUUACAACCAGAUAUUGAUGAUUCCUCUCGCUCAUUCAUUAGCUAACCAUUCUCAGCAAAUGCGUAACUGUGCAUCAAAAUUUGCACAGAACUGACAUUCCAUAGCCUGGAACUGGACGGGAUCAUAACACCCCCCUAAUGCUGUCAGUCAAGGAUUUAAACUUGGUAUGUGCACCAUUUCAUAGCAAACAUUGCAAAUACAGACUUCAGUAACCAUGACCACUUCAAAUUACCAAAGUGCUCAUGGUUGUUGGAGUAACCCUGUAAUGUAUGAAGUCAAUUGUAUUUAGGAAGCUUUUGCUUUUUGUUUUGUACUCAUUGUAAAACAUAUGGUUUGUGAGCGAUGUCUAGAAAAGUAACCUGGAUUAUGAAUUUUACCUUUUAUGUGAUUUUUGGCUUUUGUAGCAAUUAGAAGAGAAAAGUGAAGAUGAUGAAGACAAAGAAUGUUUAAAGCAGUCAAUAACUGCCUUACUUAACCUUCAGAGCAGUAUGGAAAGAAUCUGCUCAAAAAGCCUUGCAAAAAGGCGUCUGAGGUAAACCUUUCUACCAUGUCAUGGCUUUCUUCAAUAAUAAAAUGUUGUUGUUUUUUUCAUUGUGUAGAGAACAUUGAAAGGGGCUUUGCUCUGAACUACACCCACACAAUGAUCCCAGGAAUUUGCUUUUCUUAAUUGUUCUUAAUAUAAACAAAAAAUGGCUUACUUGAAAACAAUGAUCAUUAAGCCACAUCCGAUGUUUUACAGAAAACUUUUAAAACUCCUUAGCUUGAAGACAGUGAGCAGAGAUGUAUAUUUUUGUAAAGCUGCAUCCCCUUUCUAUGGAGUGUUUUUCCAUUCAUAUUAAUUUGAGGUGGGGGGAGGGAGGUUCUGCCUCCAGGUACCUCUCCAGUAAAGACGUACUUUUUGUUGUAGGUAUCAUCAAUAAUAGUGGUACAGUAAAAAGCUUUAACAAAGUAAUAUACGUGAAGUCAAUAAAAAAAGGCACUUCCUUGGUGUACUUGUUUCUCAAAGCAUUAUCCCACAAAGAUAAAGUAACAUUUCAUAGCAAACCAACCACUCCAAUUUCUUUUCUCCUAACAUAUCAUAAUUUUUUUUUUUUAAAUAUCAAAAAAAUCAAUAAUUUUAAGUGUAUCCAAAAAUGUUAAAUCUUUUGGAAUGUUUAUCCAGCAAUAUAAAAUUAAGGGCGAAGUUAUUUGAAAUGUUUUGUUUUGUUGGCUUUAUUCUUUUGCAUUCAAUACAAGGCACUGUUGGUACAGUCUGGCUUCCAAUGAAAAUGUAAAGUAUUCCAUAAUUCCCUCUGUGUGAUUGGCCAUGUCCCAAGGGUAAACAUGCACAUUUGAUACCCAUUGUGCUGGGAAGAGCCACAAUUUCCAACACAGACAGAUUUGUGUUUAUUGCUAUGGCACACACCACACCCCAGUGAAUGUUUAAAAAGAGGGACUUAUCCAAGUCAAUAGAUGAUAGCUUUUCUUUAUAGCCACUAAAAAAAAAAAAGACAUCCCAAAAAAAGCUAACAGUGCCUGACCUUCCUCUGCUGAUGAUCGCCAGUGGGCUAGUGUGGUCUGAGAGGAUGACAUAGGUGGCACUGAAUGGGGCUGUGAUGCCACUGGCUGUCUGGCAAUAGCGGUCAUUGCGUAACCCUUUAAACAGAUAUGGGUCUUUACUUCGAAAAUCCUUUUAAUAUAAUAUCUUGCAUUACAUUUUUGGCAUGCAUUGGUCAUUUCUGUUGGUCUGCUGCGCUCUAGCAAAUGUGAGGGACUCUACCUCCCAGUAACCUUUUUCUAGAUAGUUAUUUCUGUAAAAUGGAAUGCUCUCCCUUUUAAACUAUUGGUUUGGUUUUUUUUCCCUCUUUUACACUUUCUUCGUAAGUAGUGACUUCAAACAGCAACUGUUUGAAAUUCUUAAACUGACAGUUGAAAGUAACUAAAGUGCCCUAUUUAUUUUUACUUUGUAUUGUUGUUCUGCUGUUAGUGUAAACAGAAGAGAAUACGAUUAGGUGGGAGUGCCCUGGUCUUGUCUUUUGUUUUUAAAGGAAAUGACAUUAAAGCUGAGAUAUAGUUAUUGUCUGAAAGCCUUUCAUAUUUAGCUGCACUUGCAAUCUUAACUCAAGUCAAUCCAACAAAGACGGCAUUUGAAGCCUUGUAAGCGGCUAAAUCCAGGUUUGAUUCAUCUUUUUACCAGAUACCAGUACUCCCAUUAGAUAUCAAUAUUUACGUUUAUGUCAAAUAAUUAUGGGAGGUUUGAAUCCGAUGUUCAGGUUUUUAUUAUGUUUUGUGCUUCACUUUGUGUCUGUUUCUUUUCUUUCUUUCUUUAUAUUUGUUUGUAAUUAUAUUAUCAUUUCUUAACUUAUAGAUCAAAAUGUGUAAAUGUGUUUGCAUACGUAAAUGAUGGUCUUGUUUGGAUUCUCUCUCUUUUUUUUUUUUUUUGUUUUUUGCCUUUUAAAGGACAAGCUGAGCUGUGCCAUUUAAAAGUAACUUCUUAAUUAUUAGGGGCAAAAUAAUUUUUUUUGACAGGUUAUCUGCAGCUUGAAUAUUUGCUUUAAUUCGUUAAUUUUGUAACAGGAUUUUCAUUGAAAGUUGAUAUAAUUCCAGCAUUGCCUUUUUAAUCCUCACAUUUCCGAUAUCGUUUCAGUCAGUAUAUGCAGACCAACAAUCCCUAAAUGUAAAUACUACAUACUGUUCUUUUUGUGAUACUUUCACAAAUGGUUUUAGGAUUAAAAAAUAUGUUCAAGGAUUAUAAACAAAUAGUCUACACAUGAUGGCAGUAAAUAUCAUAGGGAAUUCAGCCAUCUGUUUAGAAGGAAAGUUCAAUAGAAAGAGAGACUUUUAAAACCUACACCUCCCCUAUAAAACGUAGCACAAACCAAAAGUUUUCUGUCUCUCCUUGGCAGAGUAGGUAGGCUUACUCACUUUAACGUUUUCUUUAGGAUCAUGGUGAGGUGACUGGAGGCUUCCCAAGGUAGGGGGUUGAGGGUUUUACUCCUUUCCUGGAUGCAGGAGACUAAAUGGGCACAAUCUGAUUAUUCUGCUUCCUUCACAUUUGUUCUAUUUCUAAGUUACUGCUAGGAAUGGCGGCGGUACGCACAGGCGUCACUGCGUUCCACUGCAGAUUGCAGAGUGCUCUGUGCACAUGCUCUGUGAUCUCGAGUUCCAAGCCAAUAUUCAAACAGGAAGCUCAAUUUCAUCAUUGUAUAAGCCAAGCAGUAACUAUCUGGCCUUUGGGUGCAUUUCAGGUGUUACCUUGUGUGCUCAAACCAGCAUCCUAAGGUUGCUUAAGGUAUGAAAUAAGAUUUUUAUAUACUUGAAUAGUUUUAAUAAAAGUUUCUAUAGCUGGGUUUUAAAAAAUAAAAAAUAUUAUUUUUUUUUUAUUUUAUUUUUUUACGAUUUACCCAAUCCACCUGAUCUGACAGGAAUGAGUUUUUUUUGUUUUUGUUUUACUUUUCACUAGAAUUAGUCUUAAAACAUAAACCUGUGUUUAUUUUCGACAAAUAACAUACUGAAGGUCUUCUGAAUCCUGUUGGCUAACACAUUUCUACCUUUUCAUUGUACAGUGAAUCUGCAUGUCGAUUUUACAGUCAACAAAUGAAGGGAAAGCAGUUGGCCAUUAAGAAAAUGAAUGAGAUUCAAAAGAACAUUGAUGGCUGGGAAGGUAAAGACAUUGGACAGUGUUGCAAUGAGUUCAUCAUGGAGGGUGCCUUGACACGGGUUGGAGCAAAGCAUGAGAGACAUAUAUUCCUUUUCGAUGGAUUAAUGAUCUGUUGUAAAUCAAAUCAUGGACAACCAAGGCUACCAGGUGCCAGCAAUGCAGAAUAUCGUUUAAAGGAGAAAUUCUUUAUGCGAAAGGUACAAAUCAACGAUAAGGAUGACACUAAUGAGUACAGACAUGCCUUUGAAAUCAAUUUAAAAGAUGAGAACAGUGUUAUUUUUGCUGCUAAAUCAGCAGAAGAAAAAAACAAUUGGAUGGCUGCCUUAAUAUCCCUGCAGUACCGGAGUACUUUAGAACGAAUGUUGGAUGUGACGAUGUUACAGGAGGAGAAGGAAGAGCAGAUGAGACUCCCAAGUCCAAAGCUUUACAGGUUUACAGAGCCUGAUUCUGAAGAGAACAUUGUAUUUGAGGAGAAUGUACAACCCAAGUCUGGUAUCCCGAUCAUCAAAGCUGGGACUGUAGUGAAACUCAUCGAAAGAUUAACUUAUCACAUGUAUGCAGGUAUGCUAUCAAUUAUUUUCUUUAGAAAUAAAUCUGCAAACGUGGCAAUAAAGCAUGCUUCACUAAUAUACCUCUUUCUCUUCCUCCAUAAAAUGCUGUCCCAAGAGAUCUUCUAUAGUGAUCUGACCGCAUUGUUUCCCAACGCAGGGCUCGACAAAUCCCAAGCACCAGAUCACCAUGACGACCAGGAAAUGUGUCCUGGUUUCCUGGGAUUGUGAGCCUCUUCAGCCCCUGAGGUGACCGGCUGUCAGAGAUUGGAGGUGGGCAAUAGGCUCACGCAGGGCUGAAGCGGGCAGGGUGGCGCACUGUCUGCUCAUUGAAAGCGGUGGGAGGCGGGCGGCUGAAUGAGGAAGGAGGUCUGCGGGCGGCUGACUUAGUGCGGCAGCGGCGAGGGAGAUAUCAUCUCCCCGCUCUGCUCCCUUGCGCGCCUUCCAGUGAUGUGGGGAGCCGGAAUAUGACAUCAUUCCGGCCUCGCAUAUCUAAACCGAGCUCUAGGGAGGAGAGAGAUGACAGCAGCCCUACUGGACCCCAGGGAAUGCUAUUCCACUUCAGCUUUCCCAAAGGUAGGGAAGCAGGCUGGAUUUAAAAUAAGUGUGUGUGUGUCACUUGUAGAGGCCGUCUGAGUGACAUUCACCAGAGGCGUUACCAGACAGCGACAGCAAUGUAAAACCCUGCCUUUAUUUUAAAAAGGAUGCAGGGACAGUAUAUAGACUUCAAAACAACUACAUUAAGCUGUAGUAGUUAUGAUUUUUUUUUGGGGGGGGGGGUUUACUCCUAAUUUCUUUAGCUGGGUCAUAGAUUUCAAGCAAAUUUGUCAAGCCCUGCCCUAACACAUAACACUAUAAGAGAUAUAUUAAUGUGUAUGUUUGUGAAUCUUCUAAAGUUGUCACAAUUUUGCCCUCCUUUGGUAUUUUUAUACAACCCCUCUUUGCAGUAAGGCUGUUGCUUUAUUACAUAUAAUUAGUUUUAUAAGAUUUAAUGUUUGUGAUUGAGAGGUAAGAAGAAUCAGAGAAGUGAGUAUUAGUGCUUUGAAAUAACUCCUCAAAUUAAGUCACAUUCUAUAUAUAUUAUUUAGCUAAAACAAAUAUUCUCAGCCUUCGUGAGAGGAAAGCAAUCAUUUGUACAUUGCUUUAGUUUGGGCAGUUAAUCAUUUUUAAAAUAGAACACUACACAAAACACCUACAAUUAAUUUUUAUUUUAUUUUUUGUCUUUGUCAUAUAAUUCUGAUGUUUUUUGUGUUUUUUUUGUUUUUUUAUAUAUAUACACUGGUGAGGACCCAGUGAAAAUAAUACAGGGAGUCAAUUUUGUAGUGCAGGGCAUAGAUACUUUAUAACUCAUCGGACCAUACCAUCUGUUCUCUAGUUUUUAAAGUGUCUGUCAAUUUUUCAUUCAGUCAUUGCUAGCACGGGCUGUGGAAAUUUAAGAACUUGACAUCGGUAGCCCCACCUAUUAGGUGUUUACCAUGAGACAAAGUAGUCCCUACUUUGUCUUAUGACAGGGGUGGGCAAUCUGCAGCCUUCCAGAUGUUUUGGACUACAUAUCCCUUAAUGCUCUUAGGGCCAUAAUGCUAGCAAAGCAUCAAGGGAGAUGCAGUCCAAAAUAUCUGGAGGGCUGCAGAUUGCCCACCCCUGUCUUAUGAUCUCUUUUGACUACAUUGCAACUUCAGUGAACUUAAUCUUAUUGGGCAUUGGUAAACAUUUUUUUUCUUUAUAAAAUCACCCCAAAAUUUAGUUUUGGUUACAGAGCCUCUUUAAAUAAGUCUAAUAUGUCAUGCCCCCCUUCUCCAUCAUUAUUCUUGAUUUUCCUUAAAUCUUUUGGAAAAGCAUUCCUUGUAUCAGACACCACUUGGUUGUAAUACAUAUUUACUAUGUGAGGGGGCACAACACAAUGGGGGUAGCUUUAGUUUGUCAGAAUAAUUUGCUCUUUUUUUUUUUUUAAUGUCGUUGUUCCCUCCCCCCAUGCACCUGUUUCAUAAUUUGCAUGUACUUUUUUCAUGGUGUUUCCUCACGCCAGUUUUUGGUCAUAAAAAGCAUAACAUUUGGUGAUCCAUAAUUGUAAUGGCUGAAAAAUUGAUGUAAAGGAGAAAGGAAGUGCAACUAGGAGCAGCUCCUAAAAAACAAAAAAACAAACAAACAUACAACCUGAUUUAGUAGUCUUGUGCUUUUUUUAAUUAAAACUCAAAUAUGCAGGUAUUGCAGAAUCAAUUUCCGUUUGCAGGACUUUGCAGCCAUUUCUAUUCAGUAAAGAUGCGUACAGAGACAUCUGUCUCACAGUAGUUAUCCAUCAAAAACUGAAACCACCAUGGAGCAAGAACUGGCUGAUAAUUUGGAAAUGGCUGGGUAGAAUCCCGAGACUAUUCUUCAGAUCUUUAAAAUAGUUUUUAAAUGACAAACUGCCCUUUACAGAAGAGCUAAUAAUUUACAUUUUAAUGCAAGCAUGUUAAAUAAAGAGAAGGGAUGAUCAUGGAUUCAUUUUAAUCUGCUUGAUAUGCCUGGUUAUACACACAAUCAUCUGACCUAAUAUUAAUCUAUGUUUUUCACCUAAAAUAUACCCUACAGACUUAUAGCAAACCUUUUUAAUUAUAGGCCAACUAAACAAAACCUUUCAUCACAGCGUUUAUCUGAUUGGCUAAUGUAUAUAGUAUGAUUUCUUCUAUUUUGGGUGCCAGGAACCAAUUUCAGGGCACCACAGAAACCUGCCACCCCUUGUUUGUGCCCUUGUGUUCAUUAGUGCUAUUGGCAAUGGUGUUUGUGUAUUGGUGUCUGUAUAAAGUAGGCAUUUUACUUGUCGUCCUCUGCUAAAGGUGUUUUAGCAUUCAGAGUAAUGGGGGGGCGGGGUGGAGGGGGUACAUAUUAAAACAAAAUUCAGAAACUAAACAUAAGCUUAUAGCAAUGAUUGUUUUUAAAUGACAAUAAUUCUAAUCUAAUUUUAAGUAGACUGUUUUUGUUGCGCUAGUGAAGCUGUUUAAAUAGCUUGUAUUCCUAGUUUAUCAUUUUCUUCUAAUGAGCUGCAAGAUAGAAUAGUGGACAUUUUUUCUUAUUCACUGUAAUGUGUGUUAUUUUUUAUAUCGCUAUUGUGAUUUAUAAAGGGGUGGGGGGAGCAGUGGCCAAAUCAUUUUGUGGCUUAUAUCCAAAGCAAACAUUGCAUUUCCAAACUACUCUGCAAUAAAAGUUGACUUCUUGGCAUUGUGCGUGAAAUUGACGAUAGAGGAAGAUGUGGGUUGGCCUUCUCAAACAGAAAAAUACUUGUUACUUUGUUAUUAGAAGCUCAAAUCCAAAGUAAUGCUGUCUUCUUAAUGAGCAGUGUCUGCAUCUGCCGUAAGAGGAAAUGGCCUGUCUGCUAUCUUGUCCUUUUUAAUUAAUUGCAUUACUAAGAACUAUGGUUUGGGUCCUGACUUUCUCCUACCAACUAUUGUUCUUCUAGUCUCAGCCAAUCUAUUUCUAGCUCUCUUUUUGUAUGCAAAAAUAGCAUGCGUGCGUCAGAGUGAUGUCUAUUUCCUUUCUUAAGGAAUUCAAGGAAGAUUGUUUAGAGCUAAUUGUAGGUCACUAUUGUUUGUUUUUUAUCCCCAAAAAAUUAUUUAUAGCUGAAACAAAUUAGCUUAUAGACUUUAAUGUGUUAAACUGUAGAUUUAGCAGUAUAUGAUAACCACUUUGACCAUUCACCAUGGCAAUGAUGUACAACCUGGCGCAGUUAAAUGUAUUUAAAGGUGGGCAAGGAAUGCCAUAUUGUAAACACAGUUCAUUAAUACGUCUGUAAGGGGCUGCAGUGUAAAAAUACAACGUAUUACCAUAAACCUUCUAGGCCCCCCUUUGUAAAUGCACUGAUAAUGUGAAAAUUAGACUACUGCAUUUUCAAGUGUGAAUGCAUCCAGCAUUGAACAGCAGUGAUAUACUGAUAGCACUGAGGGAAGGUGCUUUCUUAAAAUAAAAUAUGACUACUAAGGAAAGGAGUAUUGAUGUUUUAUCAACACUUGCUGCUGAUUUAUAGUUAUAUUUGUUUUCAAUAUUGGGAUUGGACCAUCACUAAGGGGAAAGAUUCAUUGUUUGCGGUACAUGCUUAUGACAAGUAUGUUUACUCUUUUCCCUCACUUACAUAUACAUAUUACACUCACAUUAAAAGUUAUAGAUUUGAUCUUUAAUAUUUCUGAUAUUGAAAAUCAUCAAUUUAAACUGCUGAAUAAUAUUGCCUGUUGGUCUAUGGUAAUCAGCAGGUAUCUUGUCAUCUUUUUAGAACUAUGAGUCCAGUUAUCAAAAGCUUUGUUAAAAGCUAAACUUUCUUUAAAGUUGUCUGCAGAGGAGAUGAUAUACAUUAUUUUCUGUGUUUACAUGUUUCCCUUGUUUACAGGAUGUGAGAGUGUCAAAGAUACCCUUAAAAAGAUAGUGUUUUGGGCAGAACCAAGCAACUGACCUGAAUGGCUGCAUGCCGCACGAGCUCUGCACAAAACAAGCAUUCCGGGCCCGCAAUCACAGGCCAAUACCGGCACCAGACUGACCCACAGAUCGCUGUCAACAACAUGGGCUGAAAAACCAAAAAGCCCAAGCCCCACAAGCUGCGGCAAAGCCUAAAUAUCGGAGACCUCUGGAGACAAGCGUCCAGGGCCCAAACAUGGCCGCCUACAAUGACGAAUGCUCUGAUGUCUCAGACGACUUUACAACAGUUGUGGAAGCGGAGCACUCACCUGCUGUGAUGGGAGCACUCACCUCUCCAGCGGAGCACUCACCUCUCCAGACUCCCCCACGGCCAGAUUCAUCUCCGGUGACCACUGCAGUCAUGAAGGAACUACUGGCGGGGCCACAGCUCACUAUACAGGCAGACAUGGCCCAACUUCGUAAGGACCUGCAAGGUCUGACAGGCCGUCUGGAGGCUGACUUCCGCCAAAGUACACAAGAAACAACUCCUGCAGCAAAAAGUGCAAGAUCUGAAGCAGCAGCACCUUAUCUAUGAUCAACGCUUUGCGGCACUGGAGAAUCAGAGAACAGAUCCCGGAGGCCGAGAUACCACACGUAAUACGGCGACUCCUGCAGGCACUCUUGCCUCCCAAGCAAGUGACCAUGGAGAAGAUGUUUCGGUUACCAAGAGCAGGAAAGGCCCCAACAUCGGCAAAGAGAGAUCUCCUGGUACAUUUCUAAAACCACAGGGACAAAGUAGCAGUGAUACAAGCCACACAAAACCACUCACCCUACCCAUUUGAGAACAUGCAGUUCUCCUUUUAUGCAGACCUGUCUGGGUACACACUAGCUUGGUGACGGUCACUCCAGCCCUUCACAACUCUCCUACAACUGGAGCGGGUCUUGAACACUGUUGGUCCACCAUGGGGACUCUGCCUCCACUAUAAGGGACAAAAGGGGCAAAAUAACCGCUGCCUAUCUUGGGGCUCCAAGUGUACUCCGUGUCCCUCACGGAGAAAAGUACCACACCAGCACAAUCUUGCACCUGGACCCCGCAAAAGUGGUCCCGUUCGUCCCCAGAUGUGCCAAGACAGCGGCUUAUGCAGCGGCCACUACCUGAUGCAGCCACAAGUGCCAACCUGCUUCCAGACCUCCGGUUCUAAGCAGCACCAACCCUUUCAAUGUUUACAUUUGAAUGCAUGUUAAGAUGUUUUGAUGUUUUAAUGUUUUUCUUAUGGCAACCCUCACCACUGCUAGCCAUACAAUGCACCACCACGCAUCACAUUUUAUAGCUCCCUCAAAUUUCCUUGCAAAAAGAUUAGCCCUUCCCCACCUGGGGUAACAGGUAAACUUAAGCAGCGCUAGAUCGAGGUAUUUGAGCUUCAACCUCCCACAAAACGCAGCCUAGCUACCCCAGGAAGACCUUGCACAUUACCUACCAUCUUCUCCCACCUUCCUCACCUAUAACUAGCCCACACCGUAGGUCUCACCGGAAAACACCUUGAACAUCCUAGGUGGAAGAGGCAUGUUCACAUGUAGAGGCAAGAUCACAUGUAGACACCAAUAAUAUUAAAACACAAAAAUCCUUGGCUCAUGGUCCACUACUAAUCUGAGACAAAUGCUCUGUCUAAUGUGUACAAAUUACUUUUCAUAUUCUCUUGCACUUAUACAUGAUAUGUACUGUUAACUGUGGCUAUGACCUGAAACUAAAAAUAAAGAAUUAAAAAGAUAUUUUGAAUUUAUUUUUUAUUUUUUUUAAAAGCAUUGUAUAGAUCGGUCAUAACAAAUCGGCAAAAUGUGUGUAUAUACAUACAUAUAAUAUACUGCUUGAGGUAUCUCUCUGUGUACACCAAUAAGGAGUGUCUCACUCUGUUCUCUUGGGAUUGAUCCUAUCCCAUAUCUCUGUGUCCCCAAACAGCAAGUCCUGUCAUCACAUGUGAUGAAUUUAAUUGAUCAAUAAACUGAUAAACUGAACCAUAUCAUGUUCAUUUAUUACAGAGCCUAGUUCCUUGUUUAGUGAUAUGAGCUGUGUUUUGUACUGAGAAAAGCCAUUUACCAUGCAGUAUCUGUAAAGCGCUGCAUUCAUUGUCGUGUGUCUUGAGUACAUUUUGUUUGCUUGUGAACUGGUAGGGAUAUGUGACUAAAUAAAUUGAGUAUGGCAAGACAUGUAAAUAAAUAGAAGGCUUAACAAUGGAAAUUAAUAUGGUUUGAUAAUCAUACUGCAUAGUUUGGGGAUAUCUGAGUCGGAACUCGGUUUUAAUACAGUAGCUGCUGGUUUAAUGCUGCAAGGUUGGGGUUAAUAUAGUGAGUAUUGAGUUUAAAAACUUAGGUUCAUAUAAUACAAAUGUAUUCAAACAUUUGGUGUUGUAAUGCAGUAUUUCUCAACCUUUUAAAAAGAACUUUAAAUUCCAAAUGAAACUGAUAUUUAAUCCAUAUUGAAUUGCAAGCCUGAUUAAAAGUGGUAAAUAAUAUUUGGAAAUUUAAAUGACAGAAUAUUGUGUAUGUAAGGAAGAGUGUUUAAACUAUUAAUCUGAAGUAUAAAUGUCACAAAAUGAAAAUAUAAUACACUUAAUAAUUACACGCAGAGGACAAUGACACACAUUUACACAGAGGAUACUGACACGGAAGGUUACACACAAAGCACUGAUACACAUUUACACACAGAAAACUGACACAGAUACAGGCAUACACACUUACAAAUUCUUUUUUUUUUCAUUUUUAUCUAAUGUUAUUAUUAUUUAAUCCCACCCAGACUCCCUAACGUUGGGAGUAUUGGAGUGGAUCCUUUGUCUGGGGCUUGUGCAGUGUUUGUGCUCUUCCAGUUAUGUUUCUGCUCACUCGGUUUAGUGAUGCUGGGGCCGAAGUGAUGUCAUAAUCUGGCACUUGGCAUAACUGCAGGGCGUGCUACAGAGCAGUUCUGGAAUUGCACAUUCAUCAGCAUUCCCACUUGCAUUCUCCUGACACCGCACAUUCACGGAGAGUUGGCACCUGGCAACUGGGCGAGGAGUCAGUCAGCUGUGCAACCUUACCCCUGCUUGUGGUGCACGUACCCCCUGGGCAUGCAUACCACAGGUUCAGAACAUGUGUUGUAAUGUGGUUCACAGAACAUGUUUAGUAUUUUAGUUUAUUUUUCUGGCCUUCAUGAUGCUGCCAAAAUCAACAAACCAGUGGUGCAUUUAGAUGCAUCAGAGAAGUAUUAAAAAAAAUAAAAAGUGAAGUUUUUUUAUACAGAUAUUGUAAGGGAACGCUCGAGGCUAGAGUUGAUCUCAGUAAGUGAUGGAUAAUACAAGUUCUAAAUUUGCUAUAUUAAGUACUGAACAUCUUUCAGCCAGUUAUGUAACUUACAUUUUUUUCAGUGGGAGCUCUGAGCACAUCCCUGAAAUGUCCUCAACACUAAAGGCUGGUGAGGACAUAAAAUUAGGUAUGUGCAUAGAGUGGGGACUUCAUACACCAUAACUGGAGUGAGGAAGGCAAAUAUGGCUUUUGUUGCAUACUUCUAGUAAAUUUGAGUGUAGUGUUUAUCAGCAGAAACAUUUUAAUAUUUUUUAAAUACACACAAAUGAAUACAUUUUAGCAUACAUUUAGAAUAGAGAAAUAGAAAACCUUUUGUAAUGUCCAUAUUUCUUUAUUUUAUUUUAUUUAUUGUUUUUAAACUUACAAACCUAAAUAAAACAGUCUGUGUUGACUGUUUCAAUUAGUGGAGGUUCUUUGACCUAUCCAAGUGAACAGUCACAUUUUUAAAGCAGGAAACGCACUGUGCAGCAGGAAAAGGGAGAGGUGAUGGUGAGACGUCAGCAUUGUAACUAGUUUCACUUCAAGGCUUCACUAAUUGGGAAAACAAUCCAUCAAAAGUGCCCUUUUCCCUUCAUUUUAAUGUGCACUGUUGUAGUGCUAUGGUGGUAAGAAAAUUUCAGGAAAUUAUCACGGCUUUUUCUAAGGCCUCAUCAGGCUUUGUACAGUGUCUUUAAUUUGUAUUAGUAAGUGUGCAAAUGUUCACAGGGUUAAUCCGUAAAGUCGGAAAUGUUAGGAAUUCUAAGUCUAUUUUAAAUUUGAGGCUAAAGUUGCCAAACUGGAUGCUUAGCUAACUUGAAUUUUUCAGUUUCAUCUAUUUUGGCGUUCACUUUGAAAAAUUUGUGUGAAUUCCCAACAAGCUUUCUUUUUUAUUUUUAUUUUUUUGUGUUUUGUAAGAAGUGCCCCAUUGCUGCAUCUUUUUAUUUUGUAAAAUUCGUCAAUUCACCCCUUCGUGACCAAGGUUUUUCAAGAUGUUGCUCCACCGUAAUUUGAAAUUGACACCAUAAAAGAGAACUGUAACUUAUCUGGUGUUUAUACUAUUGACCAAAACAUUGAAAAUCUUGUGUUAAGGACCAUUCCACGCAACAUAACCACUUCAGCUUGGUUUUUAUUUACUUAUUUGGGAAUGUUUUGACGUCUUACCUGGGGUCCACUCAGUGCCAUUCUCUGUAUACACUACUACUGGCAGAGAGCUGGAAGUCCCUAAGCUGGAACUUUUGUUAGCUCUCAUGUGCUAAGUAAUACAAUACAGGGCUUAACCAAUUGGUUGAGAUCAUCGCCGGUAUAUGUUCAAGCUUAACCAUACAUCUAUCGUAUGAGACAGUUUUAUUUUAUUUUUUUAAAUAAGUUUUGGGGUUACUGCAUACAUUAUUUGUGCCUUGUUGGAAGUUCUUUCUUCUACAUUAUAUUUUUUUAUUUAUGAAAUGGAGUGCCCGUUAGUAGAAUAUGCAUUGAUAAAGUAGUUGGUGUCCUUCAGAACUGGCGUUUGGUAACCUCACUGAGUUGUAUUUUCUAUGGCCUAGCUUACCUUUGAAGAUCACAGGUGAACAAGUCUUCUGUAUGUUCACCAUGAUGCUUUCAAAGAAGCUUUUUCUCCAACUUUGAGCAGUCAAUUUUGGAAGGAAUGUGUGUAUGAAAAGAUAUUUCAGCCAUAUUCCCAGUGUCCGUUUUAUCUGUAUCAGCCCUACAGUCUCUGCCAUGUUUAUUUCCAGUAAGAGUUUUUUCCAAGAAGAUUAUUAUUAAAUAAAUGUCCAGAGAGCAUUACUAUCACUUGCUUCCAUGUCAUGAUCCCUCUCCCCUUAUCCUGGGUAUUGACACUAAAAUAAUGCAGCUUUAUUUAAAUUUGAGUAAAAAACUUUAGAAAAUAUGACCAAGGGAGGUGUUUGGCAGUGUUUUUAUUUUGUGUUUUGUAUUGUGACAUGUUUUUACAAUUUUAUUAUAUAAAUUUAGGCUUGUAUCCCACUUUUGAUCUCUGGUAUCCCGCUUUAGACAUUAUAAGGUGUUGACAGUGGCUCAAAAGGCAUCACGGUCAUAUAUCCCUACUGUACUGAUUUUCCUACUCUCCCAAUGUUGAACAUUACGCCUGGGAGAAUCCAGGACAUCCUGUUCUUACCAGCUACCGUCACCUCAUUUGGUCAGGAAAAAGGAUAUAGUUAUCUUUUAUAUGCUCUGUGUAUGUACGACUGGAAUGGAAUAAUAAUAUUCAUUAAUUUAACAAUUCUACGUUUUAUAUCUCCAGAUCCCAACUUUGUUAGAACAUUUCUCACAACAUAUAGAUCUUUCUGCAAGCCCCAGGAACUUCUAAGCCUUCUUAUAGAAAGGUAUGUCACUGACCCAAACUACAGUUUAAAUCUUUAUUACUUUUGAAAAAUACGGUGUGUCUUUGUGUAUGUCGGUCUCUCUGUCUGUCUGUAUCUCUUGAAAGUUAUGGUGGGAAAUAGUGAUUGAAAACUCCUUCCACCUAAAGUCACUGGAUAGUCAGUACAUUGUUAAACAUAAAUCUGCACACCAGUCAAGCCUUAAGACUUGUUUUUGCCUCAGAAAUCUCAAGCCCACCCAGAAUCCCUUGCAGUAGCAAUAUCACUGCAAAAUUGAGAUUUAUGUGGAAAAAGCAAGUCUUAUUGCUUGACUGGUGUGCAGAUCUAGGUUUAACAAUGUGUUGACGAUGUAAAUAUAUGCUACACUUUAAAGUGCUUACAUUUACUGUAUAAAAUGUUAUUGGUGAAAUGUUGUUAUAUAUAAAAUUAGCCUCAAACGUGUUUUUCCUUUUCAUUUUGGAAUGUAUUUGCAGUAGAUUUUGUUCAUUAAAAAAAACAGUUUGUCAGUAGCGAAUGUGAAAUUUUAAAAUCAAACUUAAACAUGACAAUGGGGCUUUUACAGUAGUCUUUUAUGUUAUAUUUUUUAUAUCAUGGUCAUUUUAAUUAAAAUAGGUUUGAAAUACCAGAGCCUGAACCUAGUGAAGCAGACAAGAUAGCUAUGGAGAAUGGGGACCAACCUCUUAGUGCAGAGUUGAAAAGAUUCAGAAAAGAAUAUGUACAACCUGUUCAGCUACGGUAAGUGCUGAAACCAACUUUUGUCAUGGGUAUUUAUGCAAUAUCUUACGGAGUGUGUUCAAUACAUCAGUUGCUUGUUUUCAAACUAUGUGGAAAUUAACUGUUGUAUGAUCGAAGGCUAAUAUCAGGGAUCAGUUAUGUUACACAGUAGGGAAAGCAAGUUAAAGUGGCACUCUAGGUACUUUAACCACUGCAGGCAGGCUUUCCGGUCUCCUCUGCUGCUGUUUUGCCAGUAUAGACUUUAAAUCCACAUUAUUCCAUUUAACUCUGGAUGACCCAAAUAGUUGGAAACCGUCUGUUUUUCAUAUCCCUUAUACAUUAGCCUGUCCAAAUUUAAACAGUAUUGACAGUCUUGAUGACAGCCUUGAUGACAGCCUAUUGCUCUGUAUCUAGCUCCUGGAUAUUUUUCAUUAUAGUAUUAUAGUGAUAUGCUUUAACUCAGACUUUUUCCUGUUUGUGCAAUGUAUAUUGAGGAAGCCAUGUAAUGUAGUCAUGUGAUACAGGUGUGAAACGCAUAGCGUCUAUAGCAUUGUUGUGGACUAUAUCUCCCAUAAUGCUCUUACAGCAAUAAUGUUAGCAAAGCAUCAGUGUGAUGUAGUCCAUAACAAUCGGAGUGCAAAAGGUUGACUAUCCCUGAUCUAGAAGGUGUGUUGUUUUUUUGUUUUUAGUGACUGUUUGUUUUAUGGUAAAUAAGAAGGGAGACCUUAUCUACCUUAAUGAGUAGACAGGUAAUUGCGAUUUUUGCCUAAUAACAAAAUAAGGAAUGGUUUUGCAUUUUAAACUCUUAAUAAUAUUAAUUUUAAUUGUAAUAAUAAGGGACCACAUCAUUUUAUUUUUUCUCCAUUUCAGGGUAUUAAAUGUUUGUCGUCACUGGGUAGAACAUCAUUUCUAUGAUUUUGAAAGAGACCCAGAUCUGUUACUACGACUCGAAGACUUUAUUGGGACAGUUCGAGGUAUGGCAUUCUCUGUGUGCUAAUCUGUUUUUGUGGCCUGACUUUUAAGAUCUUAAGGUUUUUAGUUCUCUGCUAUUAACUGUUUAAUGACUAUUGGUGUUUUCAGGAUACACACAGGCAAAUGUUGGAGUGAGGUUUACAGAUUCCCUGAAUGUAAUAAACAUCAACAUAAUGUUCCCUUAAAAUGAUGCUCAAAAAUGAUCUUGUCAUUUGGUUUUUAGGUAAAGCUAUGAAAAAAUGGGUGGAAUCCAUCACGAAAAUAAUUCAACGCAAAAAACAAGCUCAAGCCAAUGGACCUAGCCACAAUAUAACCUUUGAAAGCUUGCCACCUGCCAUUGAAUGGCACAUCAGCAGACAUGGCCAGAUGGAGACUUUUGAUCUACUUACAUUGCAUCCCAUAGAGAUCGCCCGGCAGCUGACUUUGCUUGAGUCAGAAUUAUACAGGUAUUUGUCGAGAUCUCAGAAUUUUUUUGCCAAUUUGUUAUUCAAUAUCUUCACCUAUUUUCUUCACUGGUAUUAAGAAUUCCAUUCGAAAACACACUUGGGUUUAUUCCCAAAACUAGAAAAUGUUGUCACUUAUCCAGUUUAGUGAAUAAACACCUUAGUGUUCAGAAUGUUUCUCCAUUUACUGUUAUUCAUCUAGUGAGUAGAUCCCUUUGCUGUAAUUUCGGUAACAGUGUUUGGUGUUCCUAAAAGUCAUGUUGAGAUUCCAUUCAGUAUUUUUACCAGUUGCUAUGGGUUUUGGCUCGAUCACUGAUCUACAGGAUAUUCAAACAUAUCACCAAAAUGAAAGCACAGAAAAGAAGCAGGUUCCACUUUAAGCAUCAUAAAAACUAUUAUUGUAAAAAAAAAAGGGAUGGGGGGGGGAAUAAACUACUUAUCCCACAAACCUGCCAAACAGGAGUUUAUGAGAUAAGCACAGAACCCAUAGACAGAAUGAGUCACUUGAUUCUGGGAGGGAUCUGCCUAAUACUAAUACUGGCUGAACUAGCAAUAGCAUUAGAAAAUUAAAUAUAUACAUUAUCUGUAAAAUGAAGUAAAGAUAGUUUGUUUUGCCUUGUAAUUUCCCUUUAAGUGUUUUAACCCCUUAAGGGCACCGCUUCAAACGCUUUUGCAUUUAAUGACACAAGCAAUUUUUACAUUUUAUUUCUGUUUGCUUUAACUGCAAUUUGCAUUUUACUAAUUUAUUGCACGAACACAUAUUAUAUACAGUUUUUUUUGUUUUUUUUUAAAGGACAAAAAGGGCUUUAAUUUGAUGUAACAUAUACGUAUAUAAAUACUUAUUUAUUAUUUAGAAAAAUACCAAAACAUGCAAAAAGUAAAACCUUUUUUUUUUUUUAUAGGUUUUGCAAUAAUAAUGGUUGCAUAAUUAGUGCAGGUUAAGGAAAGUAAAUAAAAAUAAAUUAUUUUUGUUUUCCGAUUUACAGAAUAUAUAAUGUGUCUAGGAUUUUACGUUUUGGUAGUUGCAGGUCACAAAACACAAGGAGCAAAAUAAACGUUUAAUGUGGAGCGAUUUUAGCAUUUGGUAUGUUUGUCUUGUAAGUUUCAUAGCCAUAAAAGAAAACAAAAUUGCCACACAAAAGUAUAUUUUUAUAUAUAGUAGACAUCACAGGCUAUUUAUCUAAGGUUGUUUUGACACUUUUUCCGUAGCCAUUUCACCGCCAAUCUCUGCUACAUAUUGGAGUAAAAUUGUGGGGGGGUUUUGGUUUUUGACACACAAACUUAUAACAAAGAUCUUCUCAUGUGUAUUUCAUAAAGUUGGUGUGUGCUAUUCCUGUACAAAACUUUAUUUUGAGUUCAGCUACAUCUGCUGAGUACAACGAUACCCCCAUUGUAUGUCUUUGGCACUGUUUCAUGAAGCUACAGUGCCAUAUAGGAGAGCUGUCCAUUUCAGUAUUUAUAGUAGAAUUUUGAGAGACGGAUUUGAUGGGCCUAUGUUUCAAUUUGGGGUAUUAUUGCAGUUUCACUGUUCAAAAGCCCCCCACAAACGCCUACCAUUUGUAAAAGUAGACACACCAGGGUAUUUCAAAAGGCACAUUUUAAACCUGGGCGUAGGAUCAUUUUUUUGCUAGUUUGUACCAAUUGGCAUUUUUUUCUGCCCUUCUGACACACACUUGGAGAUCUUACUGUAUAUUUUGCAAUCCUAUUUUGCUACGGCAGUAGAACACCUAAUAUGUUGCUCAGCUAUGUCGUCUUAGUACAAGUGCAUACAUUUUGCUGUGAAAGGGGGAAUAUUUGACAUAAACUUAUCAGUGGGUAGUAGCCAAUCAUCUGCGUCACAGGCAAUGCUAUCGUGGAUUCUAAAACAAAAACACACAGACAGACCACAAAGAGAGAAAAACUUGUAAUACCGGUCCUUAGAAUUGCCAGGCUAUACAAGCAGUUAACUAAAUCACCAAAAUAAAAAUAAUAAAAUAGUCAACGGUCAGAAUUUUAGAAAGCCUCCUUGGCCUGAACUUCCUCAGCAUCUUUAACUUACAAUAACUGGAAAUAUGUAAACUAUAUACAUAUUGAUACCCCCACAUGAUUAAAAUCACACCCCAAAACUGGUCUACUUAUUCGGCCUGGGUGUGGAAAUUUUUUUUUUUUUUUAUUCUUUUAUUCUUUAUUUUAUUGAGGCAUGUGGUUAUGGUGAUACAGAAAAAAGAAAGAGGGAGACAGAUUAGGGUCACUAUAACAGAUUACAGAAAUCUCCUAGGAUUAUCAACCUCAUUUUAUAAUAUAUUAACAAGUUUAGACUAUAGGUGGAUAACAGGUAUAGUAUUUGCUAGACAAUGUGCAUUUCCUGAUAAAGGCUCCUAGAUAAGAUUACAUUCAGGUACCAUAUUCUGUUUGCUGUGUACUUAAUACACACUGUGAGUACCUGCAAUAAUGUCAUGUCUAAGUCGUUUCUUUAGACAAUGAGGAUGUAGAAUUCCAUGUACAUUUUUGUUAUUAGAUGACAUGACGUUUAAACAUAACAAUUGGAAUUUAAGUAUUUUCUGUUUCUAGCUUAGCUGAGUAGGUUUUCGCUGUAAACCGCUAAACAAACUGAAAGGGAUUAGCGAACAUGCUCACUAUUAACAUGGUGCUAGAAAUUAGUAUGGUUUAAGUAUGUUGGAUUAUAGGCUAUACAAGAUAACAUCAAUUACAGCUUAUUUUUGAAGUGCAUAGGUUUACAACCUUCGCUUGUGAGGUACCUCAAAGGCAGUCCUCUAGCGCAGUAUAACGGGUGAACGCAUAGGUACUUGGUAGGUCAGGCACAGUUUUGUGUGGCUAUAAACAAUAUAGAUUAACUUUGCAUAGAUGUUUUCUUAACUUAACAUAACAUAAAUUAACAUCGCUGGAAGGUACACGUUUAAGUUAUUGAGUGGGUUCCUAGAUAUAACACUUUAGAGCAGUUAGUAGAGUCUGCACAUUUUUAAAAGGGUAUUACUGGCAUGCAUGAAGAAACAGUUGCAUUGAAUAAGUAGGUGGUAUUUGAGCUAUGGUGAGCGCUAAUUGCCUGGGUUAGUAUAUAAUAUUGCUUGCUCCACUGCUGUUGUGGGCAACUAAAAGAUAGUGCUGUUAGUAGUGUCUCUGUUGUGAGUUACUGGGGCCAGUUCUGGCUGUAUUGUGAAACAGACUGUGCGGUGGGAUCUUGCAGUGUCUCUAGAGUGUUGGCAGGUGGGACCGGAGCGCUGAUGUGGUGGGUACCUUAGUGGGGCUCCGUCUUUUAGGAGAGCUCUCCAUUCCUGUUUGUCCCUGGUGGGUGGCUGUGCUGUUUGCCGGUUAACGUCACUGCUGUUGGCGUGGCUCCUGGGUUGCGGGGAUGUGUAGCUGUGGUUGGAGGCUUUAAAUGCCGCUGAGAAGUAAGUGGAUCGAGUGUGCUUGGUGGUCCUGUGCUGGUGUUGUCGCCCGCGAGGCCUGCCACCUUGUCCCGCCGCCCUGGCUUCCUUCCUUGUUUCUGUCUGAGGGCCGCUCUGGGUGGGUGUCCGCAUAGGAGGCGUCGGGUGGCAGAGCGAAUCCACGCUGUUGCUUCUUUAAUCACUAGCCUGUAGAGCCAUCUCCUGGUACUUAGCUUAUUCCAUAGGUUGGUGCCUAGCCGGUCAUAGAAUUCUUGCGUGUGAGCGGGUGGCAUGGCCGGGACACUGUUGCAUGUCGUGUCUGAGGCGCCAUCUUGCGUGGGCCCUGACUGCCCUGGGUGCUAUCAAGUGUUGUCGCUUAUUUGUGUCGCAUUGUGGGGGUGACCGUCCCCAGUGAGGACCGGGAUAUCCCCCGCCGGUCCAGAGGGGAGGGGGGGGGGGUAGCUGGGCAUUGUGCAAUUCAUGCUUUUGAGCGGAUCUUUUCUGGGUUUUUGUUUUUGAGGGUGAGGGGAGGAGGGGUUGAUGGAAUUCUGGAGCAGAAGUGACCUGCCUCCAUUCUUCUGCUAGGCUCCACUGAUGGUCCACCUCUGGCACUCAAGCAGCCCAGAAAUGAGCUGUAACUGAAAUGAAAGAAACGUGCAUUUCAGCUCAGCAUUUGCCUAUUUAAAUAUAACAAAGGCAUUGUGGAUUGCCGUCUGCAUAUUAUUUUUAUAUAUAUAUAUAUAUCUAUAUAUAUAUAUAUAUCUAUAUAUAUCCACUUUUUUGUACCAUGCCCUGGUGUUUCGCAUUAUCAAAUAAGGCUGCAUAAGUUGAUCGGACAGGUCAACUCCCCCCAUAUGCCAAUUGUAAUGUUUUAUGCAGACCGGUACCCGUUUAAUUUCCUCUCUGUCACGAACUGUGACCUUGUGACUGUGUUCACCAUGGAUGGUGGUUAGGAUGAACACCUUCUUUUUUUUAUCACAAUACUUUAGUGCCAGCAUAAGCCUCCUCUGCGCUAUACUUCCUAAACAUUGUGUACUACGGUAAUAACUUUAGCUAUAAAUAAACAUUAAUUUUUUCAACUUUUUUUUUCUACUUUUAACCCCUAACUAGCUUACGACUACAUUCCCCAAUUACCACAAAAUUCCACCCACCCCAACUAACUAAAUUACACAUUUAUAAAAUAUUAAAAAUGUAACCUCUUAGGGUUACUAAAAUAUCAAAUUUAACCUUGAGGGUGUAAAAAAAAAAAAAUAGAUCACAGUAAAGUACUGUGAUCUGUAUUUUGAUCACUGCUGGCAGUGAUCAAUCAGCAGGGAAAGGUUUUUUUUUUUUUUUUCCUUCUAAACACAGGGUAAAGGGGAUUUGGAAUCUCUUCACACAAUUUAUUCUCUUCAGGGACACAAAGUAACAACGAUCCGUCUCUCUCUCCACUUCACAAACCCAACAGAGGUGGAGAGAGGCGGAUCUAAAAUCCCAGCAGCAUUGUGACCGCUGUGACUGUUUGUCACAGCGUUAUUUGAUGUUGCUGGUCUGCCACUGACUCGUAGGCACCCAGCAACAUCAUUAACCCCACGAUCGCCAGUCAUGCGUCGUUACGUGCUCCCCAUGCGUCCUUAAGGGGUUGAUAUUCCGACUAUGUUUUCAUAUAUUUUAUAGGAAAUGCUGUUUGCCCAGUUAACCUCAACAAGAACCUAGCUAUAACAUUAUAUCACGAUUAAUGUGUCACUUUUGUAUUAACAAUUUAUUUUUUAACUAAAUACUUCAAAUUGUUUUACUGCAAACCAGACAUUUAUUUACCUUCAUUUUUCCUAGUCUGUAUUCUGAUAUCAUGAAGAAAUAUUGGUGAUGAAUAAAAUCACAAGUGCAUGUCACACAGGGAUCUCUUUAUAGAUGAUGAAAGUCCAUAUGCAGUUGUUAUCAUUACUGAAAGCAUACAAACCCUGCACAGCACUGAAAAUUCAAGUCCAUUUCACUGUAUACAUAUAAAUGGGUUGUUACAUGCAGUAGUUAAAAUUACAGCCACCGUUUGGAUCCGCUCUUUGAAUAAAUGUGUUUCAAGUUACUCUUAACCAUAAUUUUAUUUUUAUCAGUUGACUCUUUCAAUCUUGUCUUAUUUCAAUCACCUUUAGGGCUGUACAGUCAUCUGAACUUGUUGGAAGUGUGUGGACUAAAGAAGAUAAAGAAAUCAAUUCUCCCAACCUCCUUAAGAUGAUCAGGCACACAACUAAUCUUACUUUGUGGUUUGAAAAGUAAGUUAAUCAAUAACGAUUUCCUUUGUUUACAGGAUACAUCCGUUUUCUUUCACUCUGUAUAAACUCUAUCCGGCUUUAGUUCCCAGUGAAGCUGGAGAAAUUUUAACAUCCAUUAUUUUCUAUCUUACAUCUAUUGUAUCAAUUGUAACUACAGAGGUACACAAGUUGUAUUUGCAUUUGUUGUACCAUUGGGGCUUUUUCCUAACUUUUCUGUAGUGUGCCUGAAAAAUCAGUCUUUCUGACCCUCCUUAUGUUUUUGUUUUUUUGUUUUUGUUUUUUUAAAGGUAUUUUUGCUUCUUUUUUUCUUAAUGAUUACUUAAAGGGACGCUAUAGGCAUCCAGACUACUUUAUCUCAGUGAAGUGGUCUGGGUGCCAUGUCCUAACCGUUUUAACCCUCCAACUGAAAACAUUGCUGUUCUGUAGGAAUAACAAUGUUUACAUUGCAGGGUUUAAAUACAUCUGGUGGCUGUCACACUGACAGCCACUAGAGGUGCUUUUUCAGAACUAGCAGAGUGAAACUCUACUAUUUCGAUCAGGUGCUUUCAGUGCAUCCAAAUGAUUUGUGCAGUGCUCCAUAGUUUCCCAAUGAUUUCCUGCAAUGCAUUAGAUUGGUUGUCAUCCAUCUCUAUGAUCUCAAUCAAGGAUGCGUUCCAAGGAGACUGGUGCACAAAGGGCUGAAAGGUAAGUAAAUCUCACCCUUCAAGAAUUCACACUGCAGGAGAGUCAUUACUAUAGCUAGCUUAAAAUUGUAGCAUUUGGAAUACAUGUUUGUAUUCCUAACCCUAUAAUGUUUAUUUAAGGAUACUAAACUGGCCUUCUGAGAAAGGGUAAGGAGAUUGCCUUGCUCAGCUCCCUGAAGCCUAAAUAGUCAACAUCAUGAAUUUGCAGUUUAAACAAAAAGCCAGGAAAAACAAAAGGAAAUCAGUAAAUAAUAACAUGCACACUUUUAGAAAUAAAUGGCUCCCCUAAGCCUGUUCUAGGACAAUAACCGCAAGUAAUGGUGAUAAAUAAGUUUAUUUUAGUAUGGGUAAAGAGCCAGCUUAUGUUGUUUUUAGUGUUGGUUUUGUGUAGAAAGUAAUCGUUCCAAGUAUAACUUUUCAUUUUAUUUCCUUAAUGUCCAUGUGUUUCCACUUUAGCAUAAUGCACCUCUAUAGCCCAUUGUCAGUGCCAUGCUAGCAUAAUGCCUGUGUUUUCAGCUACUUUCAAGACCAAGAGGAACUUUUCAAUGGGUUCACUUUAGAAACUGUUUACAGCUUGUUAAUACCUGGAAGCCUAGUAAAUUGUUGAAUGUGUAAAGGAACUAUAAUAUCCACAUCCUUCCUUUAUUGUUGUAGAGUUGUUAAAAUGUAAGGCACAGUAUUACAAAAAUAAAGUAGUAAAACAAUAUUGUUUUUUUUUUUUUUUCUUCACAUUUUCAUUCAUUUGUUUAUUUUGUUUGUCUCUAGAGGCUGUAAACUUUCAAUGAUUGUGAUAUUUAAUAUUUAAAACAUCUGUUUUAGCACAGGCAGUCAUAAAUGUAUAAUCAGUAAAUGUUCAAAUGUGUUCAACACUGGAGCAAUAUUUACGGCAGUACUGGCUAACUUUGUCACUCCAAGAGGUUCAAGUCUAUUUGUGAGUUGCCCAACUAGCCUUUAGACUGGUACAGCAUCAUUCACAAACAUCAGCAGUACCACAGUUGGACAUCACCAGUUUAAUGUAAUUUUUUAGCCCUUGUUUUUUGUUCAAAGGUAACAUUCCAUUACAACUAGAGGUAGCGGGAUUCUGAUAACAAACUAACCUGGUCAUAAAACCGAAUGAAUUCUGGGGAUUUCUACGUUUCAAUUCUACCUUUGCAGUGCCUAGUACUUAAAUCCUUCACCAACUCUGGAACUUGUUACUGAUUGGGAAAUAUGUGAGCCAUAGAGCAUUUCUGGUGGCACUAAUCUACCUCGGGGAAACGUGUACGAUUUGUAUCAGUUAUUUUCUUUCUAGUAGGUCCAAAGAGUCUUCUGUCCUUUCUCUUUACUUGGGUUGCCAUUACUGGUCUAGAGACCUAUUCAUAUACCAAUGCUUUUCAUUUUGUUGAGUUCAAGAGCUUCCGCAAGUUUUUCAUUCAUACAUGCAGUGUUUGUUUUAAAAAGUUGGUUUCUACUCUGGUUACAAAUCUGCUGUUCUGCUGAGUUUGUUCCUCGUUCAUUAUUUCUUAAAAUAUUUUCUGUUAUUUUAAACACACUUGAUUUUUCUUGUCUCUUUUGUACACAGGUGCAUUGUAGAAACUGAAAAUCUUGAAGAACGAGUUAUAGUUGUGAGCCGAAUCAUUGAAAUUCUCCAGGUGUUUCAAGAGCUAAAUAACUUUAAUGGUGUUCUCGAGGUUGUAAGUGCCAUGAACUCGUCACCCAUUUACAGACUGGACAACACGUUUGAAGUAAGUGGUUGCAAAAUGGCAUAACAUUUUUUAUAUCUUUUAUUUCUCUACUGAAAGUCAAAGCUUUGUAACAAUAUAAUUUCCAAUCUUUGCCGACCACGAAACCACGGAGGACUCGCACUCCCGGAUAUCACGAAAUAUCAUCAAGCCACGAUAAUGCAACGGAUACUGGACUGGCACCAGGACCCCACGACGAAACAAUGGGUAGAGCUUGACAAAGGCCUACUCGGACCAUCACUCGAGAUGGAGAUAUUGGGAAGUGCGAGGGGUCAGGUAUCCAACGGAAACAGGGGGCCUGAUACGACACACGCUGCUCGGCUGGAGGUCGCUGAGGAACCUGGGCCACAUCUCGCCUACCCCCAGCCCCAUGAUUCCGAUUACGCAUAACGUGACUUUAGGAGGAGGACUACCAUCAGGGGCAUGGCCCAUCGCGGGCACUAGGAACUAUAUCCCCAUCUAUCAAAUUCUUGAAGGGGGCAGGUUGUGGGACCUGACCUCACUGUUGGGGACAGAACCUAGGACCCCUCUUGUGGUCCUCAGAUACCUACAAUUGCAACAUUACUAUAACUCGAUGCCACAUAAAGAUCGCCUACAUCGCGAUCUCACCUGGUUUGAAGGCCUAUGCGUCCGGGGCACCCCACUAGGCCACGCAAUCUCGGCGAUGUACCAAGACUUAUAGGGGAUACGACUCAGGCCUCCACCUUCCGCCGUCAAUGGGAGGAACAACUUGGAAAGACACUCACACCCGCACAAUGGGAUGCAGCAUUACUUUGGCAGCAGAAAAGCUCUAUGAGUUCGUACUACCAGGAGGUCAACUACAAAUUGCUUUCAUUAUGGUACAGGACCCCGACCUUGUUGCACAGGAUCUUCCCAUCAAUCACCCCAUUGUGCUGGAGAUGCCAGGCAGAACGCGGCACGCUGAUACACAUAUGGUGGGAAUGUAGGGACUUCGUCCCAUACUGGGCGAUGAUUAAGGAAGCCGUAACCGACAUCCUGGGAGGACUUCCGGAAUGGAGCGCGGAGCUGGCCCUGUUACACAUCUCGACACAACCCAUCCGGACGUACAAAAGAUCUAUACUACGCCACUUGCUAAACGCGGCCAAAGCUAACAUACCGGCACUCUGGAAACAACGCAAUACACCGUCGAAGAAAGAAUGGAUCCGCAGGGUGGAAGACAUACAUGGGGUGGAAGACAUUCACGCCUCCCUGACCGACCGUAAAACGAAACAUAUGGAGAUGUGGCUCCCUUGGUUCAUAUACAUUACCCAGUACAGACAAGCAGAAGACGCUCCUGAACCCACUAAUGGAGCGGCAGCAGUCACUGGUUCCACUUGACGCAGACCAACCCACCCUACACCCCUUUCUUCUAUACCUAUCCUUCUCCACCUCUGCAAUCACUAAGCUAACAGGCUCCGGGACUCGGGGCAGAGGGACAAGGCUCAGGGGGAAAUACCAUUGGACAUGCAAUUUGCUACACUCUCACGUCACAUAUGCUUCUAGCCCUCGCGGGGCCUGAACGAUCAAUCAUAGCUUGGGGAACAUGAGAUAUACUUGGAUACACACACUAUUGUGGCACGAAUCGAAGUAAGGGAACACACGUUCAUAGCUUACGGUCAUGUACCACGUAGACCUACAUCACACUCACUAUAUGCUAACGCUGGUACACACACCAAUGACAUAGUACACUCACUCACACUGGACAAUUGCAUUGUUACUGACAACUACAUGUAACUCGCAAUACGGGAUACUGGCGAACUGCAGGCUCUGCCGGGAGUGGUAACGACGUUGGCCAUAGCCAAUGCUAGCUACGAACUAAGACUACUCCCACCGCUUCUGCGUGCUAGGAUAUACCUAGCGACACCAAAACGGAACUACGAAUCCGAACCCAGCGGGAGCCAGUGACCCGCCUUUCCUAUAAUUGCUUCAAUUCCCCGCCCAAACGACCAGGUAACACAUUGUCAUGUGGCUCCCGCCAUAGACCGCUGAGAACAACUUGUCCCGACGCAACUUCUGUUUGCCCUUUACACAUACUCUGGUUAAGUGAGGCAAUCUGAUUGCUCCAGACGUUCUAUUCUGUAUGAUACUACCGUUUCUCCCCGUCGUAUACCUACACUGCCUUCAAAGUGUGAACAGCAUAUUCACCUUGCUCGGGGACCUGCGAGUCUCCCUAUGGAAAGUUGCGCGGAGAUCUGCAUACCUCAUUGUAUUGUAUAAUGUGUACCUAUAAACAACAGAAACCUGCGAGUUUCACACUGUUUACCAACUAACUUCUUUCCACAUUUUGAAAAUACCUUAAUAAAAAGAUUUACAAAAAAAUAUAUAUAAUUACCCACUUUUUUGCCAAUAGCUUUGUAACAGGCAUCUCGAGAAACCUAUUUUAUUUUGUCUACCUUGUCCUGGAAAUCUCCAAUGUUUUUCCCCUCAUUCCCUCACCAGAUAUCUGCUUUUAUUCGUAAUGCAAUCAGAAAAAAAUAUAUAAUUACCAAUAUGGAUAUCGCACUCUCCUGGAUACCAGGGUGCAACCGGGCCUCAGGUUGGCCAAUCCUCACAAUGUGAUUUACAAAAAAGUAAUGAUUGUCCAGACUCUCAAGUUCAAUCCAGUGGGCAGAUUUAUUGGAGCAAAAUAGAAACAAAGUUUCGGCCCACAACAGGACCUUUGUCAAGCUUGACAAAAACCCUGUUGUGGGCCGAAACCUUGUUUCUAUUUUGCUCCAAUAAAUCUGCCCACUGGAUUGAACUUGAGUCUGGACCAUCAUUACUUUUUUGCCAAUAGCUUUGUAACAGGCAUCUCGAGAAACCUAUUUUAUUUUGUCUACCUUGUCCUGGAAAUCUCCAAUGUUUUUCCCCUCAUUCCCUCACCAGAUAUCUGCUUUUAUUCGUAAUGCAAUCAGACCUCAUCCCUAAAUAAUUACUAAGUCAUCCACAUCCGGAUAUUUUUGGCCAAAACAGAUCAACUCAGGGUUAAUUUAGGAACUAAUUUGGGUUAAUUUGUGGUUUUGUCUACUAAAUUUAUUUGGUAAUAUGGCUAGAAGUCAUAUGUGGAAUAUGAAAUGGGAAUAGAAGAAAAACAGAUCAAAGUAAGUGGGCAUUAUUUUUAUAAUUUAGCAAAAAUAACUUUAACUGUAUCCCUCUCCAAUAUCCCUUUAGCUUUACUAUAGGCAUAAAUGCACUCAUUGAUAUCUUUGCUCAACUCAAUGCACCUUAAAUUCUUUAUCUUCCUUUUAUUGUGUAGCAAGUCCCAAGUCGUCAGAGGAAGAUUUUAGAGGAAGCUCAUGAACUGAGUGAAGAUCAUCAGAAGAAAUAUUUAGCUAAACUCAGGUCAAUUAAUCCACCAUGUGUGCCUUUCUGUGGUAUGUACACAUUUAUUUUUCACAGGAAUAACUUCACCUGAAAUGAAAAUUGUUUUAUACCUGUUGUCUUAUACAAUAAUUAAUUUAAUGUGUUUUAGAAUGUCUGUUUUCUCUUGCUUAUAAAAUAUUGGACUAUGUUAUAGUUUACUAUAUGUAGGUUUAUAGCAUAUUCUUCUUUCAAGAUACAUAAUCUGUGUGAAGCAGGUUUAGUUACAGAUUUAGUUCUAUAUUAAAUCACUCAUAAUGUAGCAGUUGUAUCCUUCAGUGUUGACUGGUUUAGGAAAACUGUGUAACUGGCUCGUCUUUGCUGUCAAAAAUAUUUCCUACCAUGUAACUCCUCUUAAAAUGGAUUUUGAUUUGCAGAAAAGCAUGUACUAUGUUGUUACUGGACCUUAACAUAUAUUUGUAUUUUUACCGUAGGGAUUUAUUUAACAAAUAUUUUGAAGACUGAAGAGGGCAAUCCUGAUUUUCUUAAAAGACAUGGGAAGGAACUGGUCAACUUCAGUAAGAGGAGGAAAGUGGCUGAAAUCACUGGCGAGAUACAGCAGUAUCAGAACCAGCCAUAUUGUUUACAAGUUGAACCUGAUAUUAGAGUAAGUCGAUCAAACGUGUUUGCAUGCCAAGUGUAUUUGAUUCCUUCACUUCUAAUUAUUUUUUUUUUUUUAUUCUUUAUUUUUGCUGUGCAUAUUGUUACAAAUACGCUUGUCAUGCCCCACAAGCAGAUAACAAGCAAAUGGACGUACAAACAGGGCCGGACUGGGAAUUAAAAGCAGCCCUGGAAAAAAAAUAUUUACCAGCCCCAUAAUGGGUCGCGCCAGCAUAGUGUGCAGAUACAGAGUUAGAACAGAUAACUUAAAAUUAAAAAGUACUUCAACGUAAAAAGCGCACUCAUAGGCUUCAAAAUAAACAAAAGUGCAGAUUUAUUUUAAGCAGACGUGCCUUUGCAUGUAAUCAAUGUUUCAGUCCAACUACCUUGACAUAUUAAGGAAAGCUUGUUAAUGGGACUGAAAUGGUGAAUGUAUGUAGGGCACAACUGUAAAAAAUUUUUAUUUUGAAGUCCUGUGGGUGUGCUCUUCACUUUAAAUAUGUUAUUGUGCUGGAGUAUGCACCUAGCAACAAGACUGGGCCAAUAUCUGCUCAUUACAUAUGGUACAUAUUAAUGAAAUUUCUCUGUGUAUUAUGCAUUUAUAAAUGUACAUUAAUAUGUGUAAAUAUAAUAGAUAUAUAUAUAUAUAUAUAUAUCUAACUAAUACACACAUAUACAUGUCAUAUACUAGUAGCGGAUCCAGAGCCUGAGCCUGAGAGGGGCACUUGUAGAUUAUUUAAAGAAAUAUUCCAUGCACAAUAACCACUACUCCUCUGUGUAGUGGUUAUGGUGCCAGGAGCGUCGGCACCCUCUCCCAGAGUAAGUCGUCAAACCGUUUAAGAACAGUUUGACAACUUAACUGGAGUCUGCUGGGAUAUGGGGCUGUAGUAGGGUAUAGGAGCAGUGGUGCAAUGUGUGUGAAAGGUUCAGUGUGUGGGUGGGCAGUGUGUAAAUGUGUAUUGUGUGUGAGGGCAGUGUGUGAAUGUGUAUGGGGCUAGAGUUCACUCCUACUACUGGGACCACCAGGAAGUGGUGAGAGUGAACUCUAGCCCGUAGCUCCAGGGCUAGAGUUCAUCCUCGUGAGAGCCGGAGCGUUUCCCCAGGUCCUCUCUUCCUCCCCUGCCAACUGGCUGCACAGUGCCUGUUGAACGGGGAGGGAGAUCGGCCGUGCCUUUUUGUCUCCCCCAGUCACUCUGUAUGUUUCUUUCUCCCCCUCACUGCUCCUCUGUGUCAAUGUCUCCCCUCUCCUUCCCAGUCUCUCUCUCCCCCCUCCCUUGUGUGUCUCUCUCUCAUUUCUCCCUCUUUGUCUCUCUCUUCCUCCUCUGCCUCUUUCACCCCCUUUCCCUGUGUCUCUCCCUCCUCCCCAUCUCUCUCCCUCCCCCCUUUCCCUGUGUCUCUCCCCUCCUCCCCAUCUCUCUCCUCCCUUUCCCUGUGUUUCUCCCCAUCUCUCUCUUUCCCUGUGUCUCUCCCCCAUCUCUCUCCCCCCUUUCCCUGUGUGUCUCUCCCCAUCUCUCCCCUUUCCCUGUGUCUCUCCCCAUCUCUCCCCCUCUGUGUGUCUCUCCCUCCCUGUGUCCUCCCUCCUCCCUGUGUUCCUCCCUCUCUCCUCCCCCUUUCCCUGUGUCUCUCCCCAUCUCUCUUCCCCCUCCCUCUCCCUGUGUCUCUCCCCUCUCCCUCUAUUCCCCUCUCCCCCCCUUUACCUGGAGAAAUCAGGGGGCCGGCCGCGUUCCUGGCUGGAGCCGCCGGGCGGCAGCUUCCCCGGUCCGGCGGCACUCCUCUCACUGCUGUGGCUAAUGGAGGAGGAGCCUGUCUCUGUACCAUCCAUGCUCCCUCGCGGUUCCCACAAUUCCCGGCACAGGAACCGCGAGGGAGCAUGGAUGGUACAGAGACAGGCUCCUCCUCCAUCAGCCACAGCAGUGAGAGGAGUGCCGCCGGACCGGGGAAGCUGCCGCCCGGCGGCUCCAGCCAGGAACGCGGCUGGCCCCCAGGUGCCGCUGCCCACCGGGAAAUUUCCCGGUAUCCCGGUGGGCCAGUUCGGCCCAGCGUACAAAGCAUAUACAAACAAAGAGGACAUUUGAAAUAACUUGCGCCUUUUUUUUUUUUUUAAAGGGUUAAUGAUCAGCAGUUUACUGUUAAGCUAUUUUAAUUUGCUAAGAACUUAGUAGGUUAGACUAUGCAAUAUUGUUUUUUGUUUAAAAAAAAAAAAAGACUGAGUAAUGCUGGAAAGUUCUACUUAUAGAACAUUAGAGAUAAUAAUGAUAGAUUUGACAGGUUAAUUUCCAAAGAAGGCCCCCAUAGCAGUAGAUUGAUAAGGGAAAUGAGUGGUGUGAGGAACGCAGGGCACAAGAGCAUUAUCAGUACAUUGCUUAGUAUUGGGUAAAAUGAAAGGUCUGCUAAAUCCCCUAAAGAGCUCUAGGAAAACAUGUGCAGGUAGGUAAACCUGAUCUGUGGACAAUCCAUCCUGGUGUUGUGGAGACAGGCUUGAAGACUAUGGUGAGGCCUAAUAGAAAGCAGUUGUUGUUGGGGGAUUCCAUCAUAAGAGGUGUGGAGAUGGACAAUGGUGGUCUUGUGAGGUGUCUUCCCGUAGCUACUGCUCACAGAGACAGGAGACGUAUCUGUAAUAUUGUUAAGCGAGCAAAGCAGGAAGGGGAAUUGGAUGUACUUGUACAUCUAGGGACAAAUGACUUGGCUUGCAAUGAGGUUUCAGAGGUUAAGGAAGUUUUUUGUGUUUUUGCCAAUGAUAUACAGCAGGUUGCUUCCACACUGUCAUUCUCUGAAGUUCUGCCUGUGCAUAACAUUCAGAAUGACAGGCGGAUGCGUAUUAGGGACUUUAACUUGUGGCUUGGUGAAUGCUGUCGGGAGCAAGGAUUUGGCUUAAUUUCUCAUGGUAGCUCUGUUUGGAAUGGAAAUAAACUGUACAAAAAAGAUGGUUUGCAUCUUUCUCAAAAAGGAACACAUGUUCUCAGUGAGCAGUUCAGAGGUUUUGCUAGGAUGUAUUUAAAAUAGGAGAGGGGGGCAAAAGGGUGAUAAAACAUCAAUCCAAUUGCCCUCCAAAACAAGGACAGAAGGUGCCUGUAGCAAGUGUGUUAAAAAAUUAUAAGCUUAGUCAUGUCUACAAAUGCUCGCAGUUUAGGGAUAUAAGGAUAUAAGGAUACUGUGCCUCAUCAGAUUGAACAUGACAUAGGGCCGAAUUGUGAUGUGCUCAUGUCAGGAAUUCAGAAAUAGGAUCCCAAAUGAUUAAUUGCUAAUAGCUUGAAUAUGGCUUUCAAACUUAACGUUUAACAUUUCUUGAAUUUCAGAGAUUCUUUGAAAAUCUGAACCCCAUGGGAAAUGUUGCAGAAAAAGAAUUUGAAGACUAUUUGUUUAAGAAGUCCUUGGAAAUCGAACCACGAAAUGCAAAGACUCUGCCAAGAUUUGUAAGUAGUUGUGGGUGUUGCGGCUGAGCUCAGAAGAGAUUUAGAUCUGAUUACAGGGGUUUGCAGAACUAAAUUCAAAUAAAAGAACAUUCCAGAUGUAAAAAAUGUCUCCAGCUUUUGCUCCGUCUGCAGGGAGGCUACAACUUGCUGCUCUAAUGCACAUGUGGACUUCUACCAUAUAGUCCUAUGUAGAAAGCAUUUCAUAUGAACAUGGUGUCUAUAAUAUUGUGCACAAUCAGUGCAUCUCAGUUGGUCCCAGUAGUUAAUCCGGAAUUAGCAGCUAUAUCUCCUUCAAAAUACACAGGUUAUGUGUGUGUUUUACAUGUAGAUACAUUAAUAUGUAACUAGAGAGAGCGCAGUAAACCGAAAAAUUGUAUUAUGAAAAUAGUCAAAUUGCCCCUAGAAUGUUCUAUGCUCCAGCCCACCUCCGAAAAUAUAUGGAGAACUGCUAAGAUCAAGGCAAAUACAAUGAAAUCUAGAUGAAGGCUGUACAGAAACCCUUGACCCCAUUUCCAAUGUGUGAGCACUACUUUUUGAUGAUGCAGCUAAUCUUCAAACCACUGCCUUAGUCUAUGUAAUAACUAUUUUGAAAAGGCUUAACUAUAUAAAACCAAUUCUAUCACCAAUGCACCAGUGGAAAGAGGUACAAAGGGAAAAACUUAUAAUUACCCUUUAAACACUAUCUCUGUAGUGAAGAGACUCCUCACAUAUUCAUCAAUACAUAAACAAACACAAUAUUUACAGAGAAAAUGUAAAACAUACAUAGAGAAGUAUUGUCCGUGCACCACAAUAAACUUGAAUAUAUUGCACUCACAAAGUAGAUAGUGUGUCACCCAAUAACUGUAUCCAAUCUUCAUUUUCAAAUUUAUUUAUGAUUUGAUAUAUUAUUUUAACACAUAAUACAAUACAAUACAAAGCAUAUCAUACAAAGUGGCAUUAUGAUAAUCAAUGUAUGCAUAAAUCCCAUACAGUAGUGAGCAUAGUUCUCAUACAUAUUAAAUAACUGUAGUGCCAUGUCACUUAAACACACAAUCACGAAGAUGAACACUGCGACUGCGAGACCGAUUACUACUUUAACUUGUAUUAUUCCCAAUGUAUUAGAUAAAAACACCCUCUUUUUAGGGCUCAAUAUAAAUGGCAGUAACCUUCUCUAUUGGUUCUCUAUAAAUAGAUAAAAAUCUAUAUCCCGAGUGAUAAAUGUAAAGUAGCAUAUUUUUUUCCAUCUCCAAUUGAUAAAACAAUUGUUUUAUGAAUAAUGCUUUUGUUGGAAUAAUUACUUGCUUCCAAUGUCGAGCAAUGAAUAUUUUUGCUGCCAUUAAGCAAUGGGUAAUCAAAAAAUCAUGUUUUUGAACACCUACCGUACUAUUUAUAUUCAACAGAGCAGUUUCUGUUUUUUUAAUCAACGGUCUUCCAAUAAUAUCCUUUACGGUUUUAAAUACUAAGUCCCAAGAUUGAACUAUUCGAGGGCAAUUCCACCAUAUAUGAUACAUGGUUCCCUCCUGAUGUAAACAAGGGGAGAUCCUAGAAAGUCUUACUGGCACCAUGUACCACCUGUACAUGACUUUUACUUGUGUCUCUAAGAUGUUAAGACAAUGUAUAUGUUUUUUGAUUUUUCAAAGUAUAGAAUCCCAAACCCUAUAAUUUAUAGAGAUCGCUAAAUCUUUUUCCCAUUGUUUCAUAGGAGACUAUUUCAAUAUCAAAGUUUUCAUGUUUAAUAAUUCCCUUGCAUUAGAAAUAAAUAAUUCUUGACUUGUACCAUAGAAUGUUUUCUUAAAGGGACACUAUAGUCACCAGAACAACUACAGCUUAUUGAAUUUGUUCUGGUGUGUAGAAUCAUUAUCUUCAGGCGUUUUGCUGUAAACACUGUCUUUUCAGAGAAAAUGCAGUGUUUACAUUACAGCCUAGUGAUAACUUCACUGGCCACUCAUCAGAUAGCUGUUAGAGAUCCUUCCUGGGUCAUGACUACCUUAAAUGCAUCCAAACAUUCAGUGUCUCCUCCCUCUGCAUGCAGACACUGAACUUUCCUCAUAGAGAUCCAUUGAUUCAAUUCAUCUCUAUGAGGAGAUGCUGAUUGGCCAGGGCUGUGUUUGAAUCAUGCUGACUCUGCCCCUGAUCUGCCUCCUUGUCAGUCUCAACCAAUCCUAUAGGGAAGCACUGUGAUUGGAUCAGGCCACCACAUGUCAGCAGACUGCUUGUUUUUCGGAGUCUAACAGCAUGCAGAGUUACAGCUUCAGGUUUGAAUACAGUAAGAUUUUUACUAGAUUUAUGGAGGCAUGAGGGGCCCAGGGGGGCUAGAUGGUGGUGUUAACACUAUAGGGUCAGGAAUACAUGUUUGUGUUCCUGACCCUAUAGUGAUUCUUUAAGUAGGUUGAUUAUAUCAUUAUUAGACUUUAAUAGAUGUUCCUUAAGAAACUCUUGAACGCGAAGGUAUUUAAAUAUAUCUUGUUGAGAGAGGUUCAAUUUCUGCUUCAAUUUAUCAAAAGAUAAUAUUUGAUUCUCACAUAUUUCCCCUAUUGUACAUUCCCAUUGUUUAGUCCAACUUCUAAAAUCAAUGUCAGGCAUUACGGUCUCCAAUAUUCUAAUAUUAGAACCUUCAUAAAUUUUAUUAAUGUUUAGAUCUUUCUUUAUACCUUGCCGUUCUUUCAAUAUUUCUGAUAUUAAUGAAAUCUUUAUAUCAUUAAUACUUGUCUGCAUUCCUAUAUCAUUCCACAAUAGAAAAUCCAGGUUAUCAAUGCCUACUCUUCUUGCUUCCAACUUAUACCACGCCCUUCAAAUCGCCAACUUGAAAUUUAUGGGCAUGGUUAAUCAAAUUCGCCUGAUAGGUGUUUCUGAUUAUCAGAUAUCCUAUACCCCCCACUGAUGGGGUUUUUUUUUUUUUUUGGACAAAAUCCUAGUAUUUAUUCGAGGUCUUUUACCUCUUCAGAUAUAAUUAGUAAAUCUGGAUUGUAUGAUAUCUAACCAUUGAUUUGGGAUUGUCAGUGGGAUCAUUCAAAAUAAGUAUGCCCACUUAGGGGGAGGAUAUAUGAUUUGAUAGUAUUAAUUUCCCCCCACCAAGAGAUUUCAUAAUCUCUCCAUUCCCUUAAUAGCAUGUUUGUAUGUUUAAUGAGUCUUAAAAUAUUUACUUCCAUUAUCACUUUUGGAUUUGCGAUAAUAUCUAUACCCAAAUAUCGUAUGGCCUUCCAAGUAAAAUCAAAAUCCUUUUUUAAGUCUUUUAAGGUUAUCAGCUUCAAUAUUUUUUAUUAGAACCGAUGUUUUAUUCAUAUUUAAUUUAUAAUUCGAUACAAUAUAUCGUUUAAAUUCCUGCAUUAAAUGUGGUAGAGAGAGAUGUGGAUCUGUUACUGAAAUAAGAAUGUCAUCGCUAUAUAGACAUAUCUUUAAUUCCCUGUCUUUUUUAAUAUCACCCCUUUGAUAUGAGGGUUGCUUCUUAUAUUGAUAGUGUAUAUAUAAUAAAGUGAAUAAAGGGCACACCUGCCUCCUUCCAUUUGAUACAUUGAACCAAUCCGUACAAAAAUCCUGUCUCACCAAUAUAGCUGAAGGGGAUGAAUAUAACGUACCAAUCGCAUUAGCUAUCCAAUCUUCUUAUUCUUCUCAAUUGAUUAAUGUGAAUAAAUGCAAGCACAAACCACAUUGUGCAGAUCUUAAAAUCCAAAUUAUUAAAUAAAGAAUUGCUCUUACAGAGUGUAAAUUAAAAACAAACUACUAUGUAGGUGGACGUCAGAAUCUUAGCUCCUACAAUCUUCAAGCAAUCAAUGAAUGGGAUAGACAGCCAUCAAAAUCCCCUACAAGUGGGCUAUGUUUACAAAAUACUAUUUAAUAAAUGAAUAUAAAAAGUACAUAAAAACCCUACGCGUUUUGUCUUGUGCAUCCAGACUUUCUCGGUGGUUAAACGCAAUCAAUGAUCCUAUUAGCUGAUCCACCAAUUCGGCCUCCACGUGUAUUCAUCACAUUCCUAUUGCGUUCCACGCCUUUCUUUCAGUUGCAUUCCACGCCUCUGAAGUUCUGCUUACAAAACACAUUUAAUUUAUGAAUUGUACUGAAUAAUUAAUUGCUUUGAACGGCUUUGAAUCUGGGUGCAACAGACAAAACGCGUAGGAAUUUCAUGUACUAUUUAAGUGUUUUUGUGAACAUAUCCCACUUGUAUGCAAUUUUGAUGGCUGGAUAUCAUUUUCAUUGCCUGAAGAUUGCAGGAGCAUGGUUUAUGAUGUCCAACUUACAUAGUGGUGAUAGCAUGUUUUUAAUUUACUCUCUGUAAGGGCAAUUCUUUAAUAAAUGUUUGAAUUGAACAACAAUGUCGUUUUGGCUUGCUCUUAUUUUUACAGGAUUUAAUUGGAAAGAAUAAGAAGAUUGGAUAUACUUAUUGAGUCAUACACAUUCUAUCAAUUAAUACUUUGUGAGUGCUACAUAUACAUAAUUAUUGUGGUGCACACACAAUACUGUUCUAUGUAUAUUUUACAUUUUAUCUGUAAAUAGUGUGUAUGUGUAUUUUGAAACGCUGAAUGUCUUGGGUAUAAAACCCAUGCUCACGAUGUACAGUUCUAUUGGUGUGUAAUAUUGUAAAACUAAUCAAUUCUAUAUCUUGCUAUUUAUGGUCACUUUGUGUUAUAUCUAACAACAAGACUUUAUUUGGCAGCCAAAAAAGUAUAAUUAUCCCCUCAAGUCUCCUGGGGUACGUCCAUCAAACCCACGACCAGGUACAAUGCGACACCCAACUCCCUUGCAACAAGAGCCAAGAAAAAUCAGCUACAGCCGCAUACCUGAGAGUGAAAUUGAAUGUGCAGCAUCUGCACCUAACUCUCCUCGGACACCUUUAACACCACCCCCUCCAUCUGCAGCAUCCAGCACCACUGACGUGUGUAGUGUCUUCGAUUCAGAUAUCUCCAGUCCCUUUCAUUCACGUACGUAUACAUUGUAGCUAAGGUACCAUCAUUAUGUUGAUGUUGAUUAUUUCCAGCCAUACGGUAACAGUAAACUGUAUUAUGGUUUCAUACUUUAUAUAAAAACAAGUCCAAAGAUGAUCCAUGUUUAAUUGAAUACCUAGAAAUGUUUAUGCUGUGUUCUUGCCUCUGUUUUCUGCCACUUGACAUGCUUACAUGCCUUUUUUAAAUUACUUUGUAACAUUGUGCACCCUGCUUUUAGCAAUCCACAAAGCACUGAAUUGGCAGGCAAUCCUUUCCCUACCUCCACGGUUUCUUUUUGCUCUCCUGUCUUUAGCAGCUCUCUAGCCUGUUCAACCACUGAUCUUAACUAUUACUCGCCUUGUACCCAUUGUCAUAUCACUUGCAUCACCAGGAAACUUUAUUUCCUAUUUUCUUUAAUCCACAAAUAACACUGGACAAAAUAAUGGUGUGUGUGCCUAUUGAGGAGUUUUUAUCAAAGUUUGGACUGGUAGUGUGAAAUAUUAUAGAUUUCCAAAGUGCCCAAAUGCUAUAAUUGCUACCUUAUGGUAGCACUGAUCCUAAGCUUACAAUACCAUUGAAUGUUUUGACAAAACAUAAAAUAACUGUACAAAUAUACCAAGUUGAGGCGUACACCUGGUGACCUGUCAUUCACACUGACAUGUUGCUUGUAAAAGCAUGUACAUGUAAAAUGUAGAAUUUAAUUAACUGUUCUGGUUUGGGUAGUAUGUAGGAACCAAAAUAGUUCUUCAGGUGUCUGUAGAUUUGCUCAUUUGUUAUGGUUUUAAAAUCUGUAGCUGGUUGCCUUAUAUUAUAUGGUUUCUAAAUGGUACAUCAACAUUGUAGAAUCUUACAGAGCGUCCUGGCAUAAAGUUCAUAAGCUGUAAACGAAAAGCAUCUUUGCAAAGUGAAAUACAUUGCAACCUGGAGGUGGAGUUUGAUAUAGGAUAAUGCAACAUCCUUUUGCUCGAUAGUAUAAACCAGGGGUAGUCAACCUGGUCCCUACCGUCCACAAGUGUACGCUGGUGGGUUCUGCAUAAAACUACCAGUGGGCCUCGAUGGCCAUGGACCAAGGCCGGCAGGGGAGAUCCUUUCUCCUCCCCUGCCGGCCCAUGCAGAGCCAGCCGUGCUGUAGGCCCUCUCAGACUGGUGAGGAGAUCAUAGAGGGAGGGAAGGGCCUGGCAGGCUCUGUGUUCCUCCCGUGACCAGGCUGGAUGGAUCUUUGCCGCACACUACCAUGGCAAUGCUCCAAUACACACACCACCUCAGGCACAUUUAGAAACAUUAUUUAUUUAUUUAUUUAUUUUCACUUUUUUUUUAUUUUUUUUAUUCCGGUCUCCCUCCCUCCAUCCCCCCCAAAAAAAGAAAUCGCACUUGCACUAAAAAAUUAGUUACUGCGGCACCGGUGGGCAGUAAGGAAAUUUUACCAUCAACAAAGAUACAAAAGUGGGCGGUAGAUAUUAAAAGAUUGACUUCCCCUGGUAUAAACAAAUGUACCUACAUUUGACACUGAUUGCAUUUACAUAAACUAUAUAGCUUUAUUUGAAAAAGUGAUCCAUCUCUUUAGAAUGUAAGGUUGUUUGAGUAACUUUUAUUCAUGUGUAUCCAACUACUUGUUCUACCUAUUAUACAGCAGUACAGAAUGUGUUGCCACUUUAUAAGUAAUAAAAAUGACAUGGCACUGUUUUGGGAUUUUUCCCUUAGGCUCUGCUUCAAUAUCGUCAAUAAGUUUUAGUAAAAACUCAGAAGAAAUACAAGUUCCACCACCUAUUCCUCCUCGAAGGCGACCAGAGUCUGCUCCUACAGAGUCAUCCCCAUCGAAGGUAACCCGGUGGCUUGAUUUCCUUUAAUUUUGUUGUUUUCCACUUUGUCAUAACAUUCUCAUAACAUAUCCUUGGCACCCCAGAUGCUUAUGAAUAAUUUUUCCAUAAAAACUGGACAAAUUAUAUGGGGAAUCCAUUUUGCAAAUAUCUGCGAGAUCCAGGUUAACCACUAUUUUAAUCAUUUAUAAUGUUUGGCACCUUUUUAGAAAAAAACAUCUUGCUAAACUACACAAAUCUAAAUCCUCAACAACAAUAUUUAUUAAAACAAAUGUAUGCAGAAAAGAAUAAGAAAAAACAAAUAGCAUUUCAGUUCAUUUUAUUCACCACUGAUUGCCGGUUUCCACUGUCAUCAUUUGCUUUGUGUUUUUGUUUUAUUUAUUUUUAUAUAUAGUCCUCUACUGUUGUUUUUUAAUUUUAUAAACAAAGAAUGUUACAACAAGAGUAUAUUUCGAUCCAUAAUCACACAAAGGAAUUCAAAAUUGAAACAAAUUUGUUUGCAAAAAAAAGCUCCUAUUUCAGGUUGAGUGCCUUUCAUUGACCAUAAGAAGCAAAUUAUUACCAAAACUGCCACCAACUAGAAUUAAGGGAGUUGGGGUCUAUCUGCCCACAUAUAAACUGUUUAAAGGACCACUAUAGUGCCAGGAAAACAUACUCGUUUUCCUGGCACUAUAGUGCCCUGAGGGUGCCCCCACCCUCAGGGACCCCCUCCCGCCCGGCUCUGGAAAGGGGAAAGGGGUUAAAACUUACCCUUUUCCAGCGCUGGGCGGAGAGCUCUCUGCCUCCUCUCCUCCUCCGUUACGCCCCGCCGGCUGAAUGCGCACGCGCGGCAAGAGCUGCGCGCGCAUUCAGCCGGUCUCAUAGGAAAGCAUUUACAAUGCUUUCCUAUGGACGCUUGCGUGCUCUCACUGUGAAAAUCACAGUGAGAAGCACGCAAGCGCCUCUAGUGGCUGUCAAUGAGACAGCCACUAGAGGAAUAGGGGAAGGCUUAACCCAUUCAUAAACAUAGCAGUUUCUCUGAAACUGCUAUGUUUAUGAAAAAAUGGGUUAACCCUAGCUGGACCUGGCACCCAGACCACUUCAUUAAGCUGAAGUGGUCUGGGUGCCUAGAGUGGUCCUUUAAAUUUAUUUCAAAGAGUGAAAUGGCAGUUGUCUGUUGAUAAUAAAUGUUUAUAGUUCAUAUGGCAGUAUUGUGCUUUUAUGGUAGUCAUUUUGUUAUGUUGCAAUGGGAAUAUUUUGACACUCACAAAAGGAGAACAUCAGUCUAUUUUUUUUUAUUUUAUUUUUUUUUAGCAGUUGAAACCUUACUGUGUUUGAAUAGAAUGAAUAAUGCUUUUUCCUUGUCAUAUAGGCCAUUAAGAGAACACCAUGGAUAUGUUAAAGUGGUAAUAAAAUUAAGUUUGUGUGAAAAUCUUUGAAAGUGAGAUACUGUGGAACAAGGGUCUGGGUGUUGGUGUUGCAAUUUAGAAAAUGCAGUACUUCCACUAAUUACUAGUUUGUCUUUCAGAUUGUGUCUAAACAUUUGGAGAGCCCCCCUGCAAUCCCACCACGUCAACCAACAUCUAAAGUAUACUCUCCACGGUACCAGAUGUCAGACCGCGUAUCAGUCUCUGAUCCACCAGACAGCCCUCCACUUUUACCACCACGGGAACCAGUGCGUACACCAGAUGUCUUUUCCAGUUCUCCUCUACACCUUCAACCACCUCCUCCUGGACGAAAAAGUGAACACCCGAAUACAUUUUUCCCAUAUAGCCCCUCACCAUUUACCCCACCUCCUCCACAGACUCCAUCCCCUCAUGGGACAAGAAGGCACCUGCCAUCUCCACCUUUAUUAGUGCAAGAUCUCGAACUCUCUUCCACCACUGGGCCACCUGUCCCACCAAGACAAAGCACUUCUCAGCCUAUCCCAAAGCUGCCACCAAAAACUUAUAAGAGGGAGCCUCCACACCCAUCAAUUCACAGAGAUGGCCCUCCACUGUUGGAAAACACAAACUCUUUGUAAUACAAAUAGUGUAUUGUAAACACUAAAUGGAAAAAGAAAAAACUUUUCUUUGGAAACAAAACAUUCACAGAAGGAAUAAACUGUAUACUGAAAAUGAUUCAAUGAACUUAUGCUGAACAUAACAAAGGGGGACAGCCCAUCUUAUUCAAAUUCCUUUUGGAUCCAUAUUGCACCACAAAGAAAUCAAUAAAUAAAAAAAUAGACUUGAUCAGCAAGGAGCAAGUCAUUUGCUAAUAGGUGUUACCUUCAAGAGGCCCUGCCAUGCAUAACAUGACAGUGCUGGAUUAUUCCACAAAUAAAAUACAAGACUCUGCCAUGCUAUGCAUGACAGACCCUUUGGCAAAGAGUAAGGAAAGAUUGCGUUCAUUGUUGAAGGGAAAACGAAAAAUAGAAUGUUAUGCACUUUUGUAUAUAUAUGUGUGUAUGUGUGUGUAAAAAUGGUGAAAAGGUUCGAGCAUUCACAGGCCAAAAGUUAUCCGUGAAAAAAAUGAAACUUUAAUUUAAACAUCAGCGUCAAUGAUUCAGUCCUUACAUUCUUAAGACCACGUGUGUGUAUAUAUAAAUUUAUACAUACACGUACCUUUUGAAAAAAGGAUGGUUAUACUCUUAAUUUCCUUUGCUUCAUGUCUCUGCUUCGGCUCUUUAAAUUUCAGAGGGAAGUGAUUCCUUUUGACCAUCCAAAGGUAAUUUUGUCAAAACGUGUGGCGGACUGUAAUGAAGAUCUGUGGUACAUAACUUUAUAAAAGUAAAGUACAGCACUGUAUUGCAGUACAGUUUACAUUUGUUCCAUGAAAUUUUGUUGGUACCUGCUUCACCAAGAUGUACUUUUUAUUUUAUUUUUAAUUUUUUUUUUUCUUUUGAAUAAAAAAAACAAAUAAUCAUGGUGCCAUUUAACAAAAAGAAAAACCAAAAAAAGACAUAUUUUUUCUUGGAAAUAAUGACUUUAUUUGGCUCCAGACAGGUGAUAAGUCUGAACAUUCAU